GACAGGCGUCCAGUAAUAUCAUCCCUCACCCUGGCGGUGGGAGGAGAGGGAGACAGUGUGACACCGCUGGUCGUGGUGACACACUACACUAUCUCACCCCACACGGCCCGCAUUGUGAGUCAGAUCUGAGCACGGCUAUGGGAUUGUGUGUGUGUGAUCCGUUGAGCUAAUGGAAUAUAUGUGUGUGAUCAGAUGAGCGCAGAGUUUAGGGAAGGUGUGUGUCUGAUCUCGGAGCAACUGUUACAUGCUUUGUUCUGCGGUGGGGCCUCUUUUGUCUUACUGCAUGACGUCUCUAUAGACCUAAGUACAUUACAUGUACAGUUGAAGUCGGAAGUUUACAUACACCUUAGACAAAUACAUUUAAACGUUUUUCACAAUUCCUGACAUUUAAUCCUAGUAGAAAUUCCCUGUUUUAGGCCAGUCAGGAUCACCACUUUAUUUUAAGAAUGUGAAAUGUCAGAAUAAUAGCAGAGAGAAUGAUUUAUUUCAGCUUUUAUUUCUUUCAUCACAUUCCCAGUGGGUCAGAAGUUUACAUACACUCAAUUAGUAUUUGGUAGCAUUACCUUUAAAUUGUUUAACUUGGGUCAAACGUUUCGGAAAGCCUUCCACAAGCUUCCCACAGAGCUGGUGUAACUGAGUCAGGUUUGUAGGCCUCCUUGCUCGCACAUGCUUUUUCAGUACUGCCCACAACUUUUCUAUAGGAUUGAGGUCAGGGCUUUGUGACGGCCACUCCAAUACCUUGACUUUGUUGUCCUUAAGCCAUUUUGCCACAACUUUGGAAGUAUGCUUGGGGUCAUUGUCCAUUUGGAAGACCCAUUUGCGACCAAGCUUUAACUUCCUGACUGAUGCCUUGAGAUGUUGCUUCAAUAUAUCCACAUAAUUUUCCUUCCUCAUGAUGCCAUCUGUGUUGUGAAGUGAACCAGUCCCUCCUGCAGCAAAGCACCCCCACAGCAUGAUGCUGCCACCCCCGUGCAUCACGGUUGGGAUGGUGUUCUUCGGCUUGCCACUUCCCCCUUUUUCCUCCAAACAUAACGAUGGUCAUUAUGGCCAAACAGUUCUAUUUUUGUUUCAUCAGACCAGAGGACAUUUCUCCAUGGCGGUUUUGGAGCAGUGGCUUCUUCCUUGCUGAGCGGCCUUUCAGGUUAUGUCGAUAUAGGACUCGUUUUACUGUGGAUAUAGAUACUUUUGUACCUGUUUCCUCCAGCAUCUUCACAAGGUCCUUUGCUGUUGUUCUGGGAUUGAUUUGUACUUUUCGUACCAAAGGACGUUCAUCUCUAGGAGACAGAACGUGUCUCCUUCCUGAGCGGUAUGACGGCUGCAUGGUCCCAUGGUGUUUAUACUUGCGUACUAUUGUUUGUACAGAUGAACGUGGUACCUUCAGGCGUUUGGAAAUUGCUCCCAAGGAUGAACCAGACUUGUGGAGGUCUACAAUUGUUUUUCUGAGGUCUUGGCUGAUUUAUUUUGAUUUUCCCAUGAUCUUAAGCAGAGGCACUGAGUUUGAAGGUAGGCCUUGAAAUACAUCCACAGGUACACCUCCAAUUGACUCAAAUGAUGUCAAUUAGCCUAUCAGAAGCUUCUAAAGCCAUGACAUCAUUUUCUGGAAUUUUACAAGCUGUUUAAAGGCACAGUCAACUGAGUGUAUGUAAACUUCUGACCCACUGGAAUUGUGAUACAGUGAAUUAUAAGUGAAAUAAUCUGUCUGUAAACAAUUGUUGGAAAAAUUACUUGUGUCAUGCACAAAGUAGAUGUCCUAACCGACUUGCAAAAACGAUAGUUUGGUAACAAGAAAUGUGUGAAGUGGUUGAAAAACGAGUUUUAAUGACUCCAACCUAAGUGUAUGUAAACUUCCGACUUCAACUGUAUACCUAAGCGUUUAGGAGCUGUUUUAAAGUAGAAUGCCUAAAUGUAAAUAAUUAAUCCAUUAAUUAUAAUUUUUCAUGUUAACCUCUACAUACUUACUGGGUAACUGGUCCUGAAUCUGGUCCCAAAGGCAGAAUGCCUCCUGGACAUGGAUACUGUCAAUGCCACUGAGGUCAAAACCAACAUUUACGCUGUGGUUCAUAAUCUGAAUCUCCGAGUACACAUAAUCAGCUUCAGUUUAUCCAAUUACCUUCAAAUAACACGGUAAUGCAAGUUUCCGAAACCACGCUGGCAAGAGACGUGUGCAGAGGUUAAUACAGUUACUGCUUCUUUUGUGAGGACGUGUGUGUGUGUGUGUGUCUGUGCGUGCGAGCAUGCGCAUUGGAGUUGAGAGCUAUUACAGUUUUUUCAUGACCCUCAAACAACAGUUGAUCAGAACCCACACUCUAAAAAAUGCUGGGUUGUUUGGUUGACCCAACUGCUGGGUUGCAGGUGUUGGGUCACUUAGUUGGGUUGUUUUCUUUAAAAGGAGCAAGGUUGGGUUGUUAAUGCUGGGUUAUUGGUGCUGGGUUAUUGAGAUAUCCCAUUGUUGGAUAGAUACCACUUUAUUAUAAUAUGUAAUACAUAAUCUUAAAAUUCUAGAAGAAAAAUAAAGAAAAAUGCAAUUUGCAGUAUGGAAACUUAACAUGAUGAACAGGAAUGACAUUUACUCUCACGGGUAGCAAAUAAGAGCUAUCUGAAAGCCAUGCCCCUAAUAAGCCACACCUCCUGAAAAUAACCUAAGGAGUUUGUUCAAAACCCAGCAUGGAAACAAAGAACACCCAACUAAUGGUUAAAUUAACCCAUGUUUGGGGAAUCCCAACAACCCAACAUGUUGGGUUAUUCAUGCAACCCAACUGGCUGGGUCAAAAUAAUGUUCUGUCCAAUAUUUACCCAGCGCUGGGUUACCAAAGAACACAAAUUGUUUUUUUUAAAACCAGCAUUUUUUAAAGUGCAGUGACUGUCCCCUGGGAGGUAAAAGCAAGCAUGACUCUGUAGCUGUUGGUCCUCCUUUGUUGUUUCAGGUUUUGGAAUCAGGAGAGAAAGAGAGGUUUGUUUGACCAUAUUACCUAUCGCAGGAAAAAUAAUAAAAACGCAAUGUACCAAAUCAAUCGGGCAGCGUGACGAUAGUGUAAUUUCUUACUGACAACUUGCAUAAGUCAAGCCUCUCAACAUCCUGAGGAACAGAGACAGAACAUGGAGCUGUGUGUUUAGUUUGAAUGCAAAAUGGCAGAAGGUGUCAUUCCUGAUGAAUGCCUUAGAGUGAAGAUAAGAACACACACAUGCAGGUGCACACAGGCACGCAUACACAGACAGAGACACACACACACCCUUCCAAACCUAUUAAUAAGUGUGUGUGUGUCCUGAGGGGUCAAGUGGAAUCCGUUCCAACAGAUAACAGUGAUCGACUCAGGGAGCUGUCUGUGGCCCGUGGCUGCCAUAUUCCUGCAUUGGUUUUCUGGCAAAACCAGGAUGGAGAUUAACCUCCCCCCUAUAUGCUGAUUUUGGGUCAGUUUCGCUGUUGUCGGUUUAAUGGCUCUGGGGGGGUAAGCUGAUCCUAGAUCUGUGCCUUAGGGUAUAUUUUAACUACAUCGAUCUGUCAAAGAAACAUAAUCAGCAACCUUAAGCACAGGUCUAGGAUCAGGUUACCCCGACUGUCAAUCAAAACCUUAACUAUUAGGCGAAUGUGAAGAUCUGACCCUGAAUCAGAAGUUAGUGGGGGCUUCUCCUUCUCUAUACUCAUGUGUACGUCUACCAACAAUAACAUGGCCCUGGUCUCUGUUCAUUGAGUGAGAGAAUGUCCCGGUUGACAGCUCAUUUCAGCCAGGCCGUUUGGAAGUGUUGGACUCGCUCAGGAGACACGGAAAAACAAAUCCACUACAUGACCAAAAGUAUGUGGACACCAGCUCGUCAAACAUCUCAUUCCAAAAUCAUGGGCAUUAAUAUGGAGUUGGUCCCCCAUUUUCUGCUGUAACAGCCUCCACUCUUCUGGGAAAGCUUUCCACUAGAUGUUGGAACAUUGCUGCGGGGACUUGCUUCCAUUCAGCCACAAGAGCAUUAGUGAGGUGGGCACUGAUGUUGGGCAAUUAGGCCUGGCUCGCAGUUGGCGUUGCAAUUCUUCCUGAAGGUGUUUGAUGGGGUUGAGGUCAGGGCUCUGUGCAGGGCAGUCAAGUUCUUCCACACUGAUCUCGACAAACCAUUUUUGUAUGGACCUCGCUUUGUGCACAGGGGCAUUGUCAUGCUAAAACAGGAAAGAUCCUUCCCCAAACUGUUGCCACAAAGUUGGAAGCACAGAAUCGUUUAGAAUAUCAUUGUAUGCUGUAGUGUUAAGAUUUCCCUUCACUGGAUCUAAAAAACAGCCCCAGACCAUUAUUCCUCCUCCACCAAACUUUACAGUUGGCACUAUGCAUUCGGGCAGGUAGCGUUCUCCUGGCAUUCAGACUGCCAGAUGAUGAAGCGUGAUUCAUCACUCCAGAGAAUGCGUUUCCACUGCUCCAGUGUCCAAUGGCGGCGAGCUUUACACCACUCCAGCCAACGCUUGGCAUUGUGCAUGGUGAUCUUAGGCUUGUGUGCAACUGCUCAGCCAUGGAAACCCAUUUCAUGAUGCUCCAGACAAACAGUUAUUGUGCUGAUGUUGCUUCCAGAGGCAGUUUGGAACUCGGUAGUGAGUGUUGCAUCCUAGGACAGAUUAUUUGUACGCGCUACGCACUUCAGCACUCGGUGCUCCCGUUCUGUGAGCUUGUGUGGCCUAACACUUCACGGCUGAGCCGUUGUUGCUCCUAGACAUCUCCACUUCACAAUAAAAGAGCUUACAGUUGACCGGGGUAGCUCUAGCAGGGCCGAAAUUUGACAAACUGACUUGUUGGAAAGGUGUUAUCCUAUGGCGGUGCCACGUUGAAAGUCACUGAGCUCUCCAGUAAUGCCAUUCUACUGCCAAUGUUUGUCUAUGGAGAUUGCAUGGCUGUGUGCUCGAUUUUAUACACCUGUCAGCAACGGAUGUGGCUGAAAUAGCCAAAUCCACUCACUUGAAGGGGUGUCCACAUACUUUUGUAUAUUUAGUGCACAAUUGGGUGUCCAUCCUUUCUCCGUAUCCAUCUUCUCUAUAAAUUAUUUUUCUUCAUCCAUGCUUUCUCUCUAGCCGCUGUCUACAAUCCUUUUCUUCUAUCCACUCUUUCUAUAUAUUUUAUUUUCUAGUCUAUCCAUCCUUUCUAUCCAGUCUCUCCUUGUUUGGAGAGUUUUUCUUUCCUUUCCAUCCAACAUAUGUCUGUGAGGGCUGGUGAGAGUGACAGGAAUGACACUGACUGGAAGCAUCAUGCUUUAAGUCAUAUCUAAUGACUCACGAUCCAGCAGCUCUAAAUAUGACUGUCUGAUACUCACUUGUUAAAGCCAGAGGAAUCUCAUUUUGGAAUAACCUAAAUCGUCUCUUUAAAUAUAUCUAUUUUUGAAGUGCUUUCCAUCCAUCAAAACUGUUAGUCAUAGACACACAUUAACAACAACAAAGUGGCCCGGGAGUUAUUACAUUUUCAGAUAUUAAAGGGUACAGAAGUUUUUGGGAAUACCUCGCAAAGCCUGCGAUAAUAACCAGGAGUUAGGCCUAAGCAGGGCCUUCUCUACUGAUGCCUCCAGGCAUAUCUCGCUGCUCUCCCUCCUCUCCUUGUGGCCACAUGCCAGUCGUCCCAGACUGAAGUGGAGGCAAAGUCAAUUGCCGAAAUCUAAACAACCACAAAGACAACAAAUAAUAUCCCUGCUGUUUUGCUUUAGCGUGAUAUGGCUUCAAUCUGGGUCCGGGACAGUGUGAUCGCACCCCUUUUUGUGUUUUGGGAUUCCAUUCAGAUAGGCUGCAGCCAAGGGACUGAGAGAGAGAUGGAUGGAGAGAGAAAGAGGAGAUAAGGAUAGAUAAUGGGGAGGGAAAGAGAGCCCCAGCUCACACGUUCAACCCUCUGAUCCCAGGGUCUGUGAGGUUGAGGGAGAGCAAUAGAAAGAUUGACCGAGUGUAGAGAGAGAGGGGGGCGGGUUGAGAACGACUCCAAAAUGUUGUUAGAGAGGGGGACAAAGAGACAUCGAUAGAGAAAGAUGGAGUGAGAGACAAAAAUAAAGAGAGAGAGUUACAGUGGUCCUGGGAAUCUGUUGGCCCCAGCCCUCUUAUCUGUCACGUCUAGUUUGGGUUCUGUGUGUUCCCUCUGGAACCUUAAUGAGAACCCAGCACAGAACAGCGCCAGACUGGGGUUUAACCCUUAUUGGCACUGAAUCUGUCUCAAACACUCUUUCUUUCUUUCUUUCUUUCUUUCUUUCUUUCUUUCUUUCUUUCUUUCUUUCUUUCUUUCUUUCUUUCUUUCUUUCUUUCUUUCUUUCUUUCUUUCUCCCUCCCUCUGUUACUCUCUCCACCUUUCCCCCAGUCUCUGUGUUACUCAGUCAUUGAUGUUCCCCCUCUCUCUUUUUAUUUUUCCCCAUUUCUUCCCUCUGGUCGUGAGAAAGUCAUUGUUUCUCUGAUAAGGCUGAUUUGCUCUGAUAAAAGUAUAAAUUAUUCUCAUGCCUAUCAAUAUCCCCCUGCAGUGUCCCUCUCUUCCCUGAUAACACAUGUACUAUAAUUGGAGUAACAGGAGACUCUAAAACACAAUUGUCUGUGAUUUUCUUUCUUAACCAUGUUAUUAGCAAUGGUGAUGGUACAAGGCAGGCAUUUCAUUUCACAGCCAUUGUGUAGGUACAAAGCUAGAAAAAAUAGCCUGGUAGUCCUGUGUGGCUUCUAUGUAAACCAGCCUGGUAGUCCUGUGUGGCUUCUUUGUAAACCAGCCUGGUAGUCCUGUGUGGCUUCUAUGUAAACCAGCCUGGUAGUCCUGUGUGGCUUCUAUGUAAACCAGCCUGGUAGUCCUGUGUGGCUUCUAUGUAAACUACUGGUAGCCUGUGGGCUUCAGUAAACCAGCCUGGGUAGUCCGGUAGCUCUAGUAAACCAGGCCGUCCGGGUAGUCCUCGUGGCUUGGUGUUGAUAUGAUUAAUUGGUCUCCUGGGGAGUGUUACGGGGAGAGUGUAAGUUUCUCUGGUACCUUGGACCUGGCCAGGGACAGUAAGCAGGGGGGGUGUAGCCAUUAAAAGAGUCCCGUCUGAAACGGAGACCUACGGCUCUCAGACAGAUAAGAGCCAGCUGCUGCUGUUAGGGCUGGGACGGCUGCUAUGUCUGCUCUCCCCUACACAUACACACAGACACACACAUGCAUGAACAGCAGUUGGAAAUAUAUACGCACACACACAGACACACGCUUGCAGACAGACAUACACACCUCAGACCCCCCACCGUCUCCAGGCCACUUCUGCCACGCACUGCCAUGACAAAACCUCUUCCUGGUCUCUCACCUCGCGGCAAGAGAAGCCGCAUCGCAGACCCCGGCACCAACAGACGCCGGAAACACCCAUAGCCGCGAGCACGAGCGCAAGACACAGCGCCAACACGAAGCGGAAAGAGGACGCCAGGCACAAGACGCCACACCGCGAGGCAAGAGCGACGGAAAGACGCGAACAAGCGAGAGAAACAGGAGAGAAAAGAAGAAACAAGAGAGAGAAAGGCGACAUCCCACAGAAGACGAAAAAGAAGAAGAGCGAGAGAGAGGGACAAAGAAUGGACAAGAGAGAGAAAAGGGAUAGGAACCACGACUACCCAGAAAGCGCAAGCGAGAGGACUCCCGGCACAACGGCGAGAGAGAAAGCGCGAGAACGGAGCAACAGAUGAGACAAGAGAAAAGGCAACGCAAGCGAAAGAAGAAGGAAAGAAGAGAAAACGAAGUGGCCCGCGAACUCCAACAUCCCCCUCACUCCUCCUUCUCCUUCCCCUCUCUCCCCUCCUCUCACUUCCCAUCAUCUCCCCCUCCUCUCUCCUUUUCUGCGUCUCCUCUCCUCAUCACUCUGGCCCAGGUCUGCUCUAGGGGAGACACAGUGCUUUCCUUUUCUUGUCUGUCUCUAGUCUCCAGUCUGCCUCACAGCCCAGCAGACUGUUGCUUCUCCUCCCAGACGCAGAAUGUCUAUCCUGUCCCUGGAACACUCAGCCUGGUGGACCAGAGAAGGAGGGAGGAUGGGGAGCAGGGAGAGGAUAGUUACCAUAGUAUAAAACACUAAUAUGAUUCAGACUACAUUCCACAACACUUCCUCUACACACCCUGAUUAACAAAUGGCCAAGGGACAACUGGAUUCCAUGCAUGGCACAUGUACAGAGAUACUGUAUGUCAAACAUGCGAAGCAUGCAAGACUUCCUAUCAGUGGCUAUUUUGAGGAAACAAAACUGGAUACCAGUAAUGCACUGUGCAGUGUACACUCUUAGAAAUGUUGGUGACUCGAGAAACCCUGGAGAUCCUCAAGGAACCCCUGGAGUUCCUCAAGAAGCCAUUGCUUGUCAAUGGUUCAUAUUUGCACCUUCGGUUAGUUGAGGGGUUCUUGGAGGAACCUUUAAUGGUUCAAUGUAGCAACGCGUUCCUGGAGGAACCCUUGAGUUGAGGCGUGGCUUAGUAGGAGCGUGGCUAUAAGAUAUGCUUUUUUUGGCCAUCCGUUAGAGUAAAUGUAAUUCCUGUUCAUCUGUUCUGUUAUAUUGUCAUCACAUGUUAAGGUUAAACACUGAUAGUUUUAUAGCUUCAAUGAGGCUGACAGAGUUGUAUGAGUUCCUCAAGAGCCUAUUCAAAUCCCAAAGUGGGAAUCAGCAAUGUUAAUAUUAUUAAUAUUAUAUUGGAAUAUGUAAUAUGCAUAAAUAUUCAAGGAACAUUUUAAUUUGCAGUGUACAAACUUAACAUGAUGACGUUUAAAAAUAACUAUGUGAAAGCCAUGCCUCCAAUCUGAUAGGCUGCCACCUCUAUAUUAUUAAAAAGGUUAAAAAUUAAACCCGUCCCAUCACAAAAAAGUUCCAGUUCUAACCUUUAUACAAGGGUUCCUCAAAGACCCCUUUUCAACUGGAAAGUUUCCGCCGGUGUCACGCUCGUCGUAAGAAGUGGACCAAGGCGCAGCGUGAUAUGCGUACAUCUUUUAAUGAGUACUUAUACAAAUAUACAAAAACAACAAAACGAUACGUGAAGUCCUAAGGUUAACAAACACAAACCUCUCCGGAACAAGAUCCCACAAAUGACAAGUGCAAAACAGGCUGCCUAAGUAUGGUUCCCAAUCAGAGACAACAAGCCACAGCUGCCUCUGAUUGGGAACCACCCCGGCCAACAUAGAAAUACAUGAUCUAGAACCUGAACAUAGAACAUACAACAUACUAGAACAGAAACCUGGAAAACUAAACAUAGAAACUAACACCCGGGCUCAACAUUAAAGAGUCCCCAGAGCCAGGGCGUGACAGUACGCCCCCCCCCCCCCCCCCCCCCCCCCCCAAAGGCGCGGACUGUGACCGCGCCAACUAAAUCCAACAGGGGAGGGGCCGGGUGGGCGGAUCCAGCUCUGGGCGUGACCACCACUCUCUAGCUACCCCCCCGUAGCGCCCCUGGUCUGGUCCCGCUGGCUGGAGCUGGACAUCGGUGGAGCGGAUUGCUUAGGCUCCGGUGUGGAGCAGCUGACCGGUACCUGACCAGGCACCGGUGGAAAAGGCACGGGCUGUGCCGGACUGACGACGCGCACCACUGGCUUGGUGCGGGGAGCAGGAACCGGCCGGACCGGGCUGGCGACGCGCACUACUGGCUUGGUGCGGGGAGCAGGAACGGGCCGGACCGGGCUGACGACACGCACCACUGGCUUGGUGCGGGGAGCAGGAACGGGCCGGACCGGGCUGACGACGCACACCACAGGCUUGGUGCGGGGAGCAGGAACAGGCCGGACCGGGCUGGCGACGCGCACCACUGGCUUGGUGCGGGGAGCAUGAACAGGCCGUACCGGGCUGGCGACGCGCACCACAGGCUUGGUGCGGGGACAAGGAACAGGCCCGGCCGGGCUGGCGACGCGCACCACAGGCUUGAUGCGAGGGGCAGGAACAGGCCGGGCCGGGCUGGCGACGCGCACCACAGGCUUGGUGCGAGGGGCAGGAACAGGCCGGGCCGGGCUGGCGACGCGCACCACAGGCUUGGUGCGAGGGGCAGGAACAGGCCGGACCGGGCUGGCGACGCGCACCACUGGCUUGGUGCGAGGGGCAGGAACAGGCCGGGUCGGGCUGGCGACGCGCACCACAGGCUUGGUGCGAGGGGCAGGAACAGGCCGGGCCGGGCUGGCGACGCGCACCACAGACUUGGUGCGAGGGGCAGGGACGGGCCGGGCCGGGCUGGCGACGCGCACCACAGGCUUGGUGCGGGGAGCAGGAACAGGCCGGACCGGGCUGUGGAGACGGACUGGAGGUCUGGAGCAAAGAGCUGACACAACCCGUCCUGGCUGAAUGCCUAUUUUUACACACUCUGUGUGAGGCAUCAGCACAGGACGUACAGGGCUGUGCACUCGUACUGGCACUACAGCAGGUGGCACUGGCGCAGGAUAUCCGGGACCGAGGAGGGGUACUGGAGGCCACGAGCGUUGAGCCGGCACACUCCGUCCUGGCUGCAUGCCCACCUUAGCACGACACGUGCGUGGUGCUAGCACAGGACGUACAGGACUGUGCCGGACCACUCGCGGCACAGUACGCAGCUCCGCAUACCUCGGAACCUGCCCAGUCUCACGCUGCCUAGCCUGAGUACGGGGAGUUGGCUCUGCUGUACCUCUAGGCUCCGCCAACCUCCCUUCCAGCCCCCCAAACCUGGUGGCCUCCUCUCCUAAUCCACAAACUCGCCCUGUAGCUGCCUCCCGCAGCCCCGUCGUCCAUGCCGUGUGCCCCCCCAAAAUGUUUUAUUGGGGUUGCCUCUCGCCUGUCUGGGCAACCUCCCUCAUCGCCCUCCGGUAGCGGACGGCCUCCUCCUCGGUGAUCUUCCCCCAACCGAGGAGGACAUCCACUAGCGUUACCUCCGGCGUUUGCUCCUGGACACGCUGCUUGGUCCUUAUUUGGUGGGAUCUUCUGUCACGCUCGUCGUAAGAAGUGGACCAAGGCGCAGCGUGAUAUGCGUACAUCUUUUAAUGAGUACUUAUACAAAUAUACAAAAACAACAAAACGAUACGUGAAGUCCUAAGGUUAACAAACACAAACCUCUCCGGAACAAGAUCCCACAAAUGACAAGUGCAAAACAGGCUGCCUAAGUAUGGUGCCCAAUCAGAGACAACAAGCCACAGCUGCCUCUGAUUGGGAACCACCCCGGCCAACAUAGAAAUACAUGAUCUAGAACCUGAACAUAGAACAUACAACAUACUAGAACAGAAACCUGGAAAACUAAACAUAGAAACUAACACCCUGGCUCAACAUUAAAGAGUCCCCAAAGCCAGGGCGUGACAGCCGGUGUGGCAACCCAAUAGGUUCUUCCAGGCACCUUUACUUCUAAGAGUGUAGUGAAAUAAACAAAAGCUGGGUUAGUGCUAUUGUUUUGAAAAAACAGAAAUACCUUAUUUACAUAAGUAUUCAGACCCUUUGCUACGAGGCUCGAAAUUGAGCUCAGGUGCAUCCUGUUUCCAUUGAUCAUCCUUGAGAUGUUUCUACAACUUGAUUGUAGUCCACCUGUGGUAAAUUCAAUUGAUUGGACAUGAUUUGGAAAGGCACACACCUGUCUAUACAGUGAGGGAAAAAAGUAUUUGAUCCCCUGCUGAUUUUGUACGUUUGCCCACUGACAAAGAAAUGAUCAGUCUAUAAUUUUAAUGAAGUUUUAUUUGAACAGUGAGAGACAGAAUAACAACAAAAAAAUACAGAAAAACGCAUGUCAAAAAUGUUAUAAAUUGAUUAGCAUUUUAAUGAGGGAAAUAAGUAUUUGACCCCCUCUCAAUCAGAAAGAUUUCUGGCCUCCAGGUGUCUUUUAUACAGGUAACGAACUGAGAUUAGGAGCACAUUCUUAAAGGGAGUGCUCCUAAUCUCAGCUUGUUACCUGUAUAAAAGACACCUGGAGGCCUACAACCAAAAAAUGUCUGCAGCAUUGAAGGUCCCCAAGAACACAGUGUCCUGCAUCAUUCUUAAAUGGAAGAAGUUUGGAACCAGCAAGACUCUUCCUAGAGAAAACAGAGAAAUCGGGGAAGAAGGGCCUUGGUCAGGGAGGUGACCAAGAACCCAAUGGUCACUCUGACAGAGCUCCAGAGUUCCUCUGUGGAGAUGGGAGAACCUUCCAGAAGGACAACCAUCUCUGCAGCACUCCACCAAUGAGGCCUUUAUGGUAGAGUGGCCAGAUGGAAGCCACUCCUCAGUAAAAGGCACAUGACAGCCCGCUUGGAGUUUGCCAAAAGGCACUUAAAGACUCUCAGACCAUGAGAAACAAGAUUCUCUGGUUUGAUGAAACCAAGAUUGAACUCUUUGGCUUGAAUGCCAAGCGUCACAUCUGGAGGAAACCUGGCACCAUCCCUACGGUGUUGGGAUGUUUUUCAGCGGCAGGGACUGGGAGACUAGUCAGGAUCGAGGGAAAGAUGAACAGAGCAAAGUACAGAGAGAUCCUUGAUGAAAACCUGCUCCAGAGCGCUGGGGCAAAGGUUUACCUUCCAUCAGGACAACGACCCUAAGCACACAGCCAAGACAAUGCAGGAGUGGCAUCAGGACAAGUCUCUGAAUGUCCUUGAGUGGCCCAGCCAAAGCCCGAACUUGAAUCCGAUCUAACAUCUCUGGAGAGACCUGAAAAUAGCUGUGCAGCAACGCUCCCCAUCCAACCUGAUGGAGCUUGAAAGGAUCUGCAGAGAAGAAUGGGAGAAACUCCCCAAAUACAGGUGUGCCAAGCUUGUAGCGCCAUACCCAAGAAGACUCGAGGCUGUAAUCGCUGACAAAGGUGCUUCAACAAAGUACUGAGUAAAGGGUCUGAAUACUUAUGUAAAUGUGAUAUUUCAGGUGUUUGUUUUUUUAUACGUUUGCAAAAAAAUUCUAAAAACCUGUUUUUGCUCUGUCAUUAUGGGGUAUUGUGUGUAGAUUGAUGAGGGGGGAAAACGAUUUAAUCCAUUAUAGAAUAAGGCUGUAACGUAACAAAAUGUGGAAAAGGUAAAGGGGUCUGAAUACUUUCUGAAUGCGCUGUACAUCAUUUUCACUUCAUAUUAUUCCAUUUUUUUGAUCUCCCAACUCUUAAAUGAGACAUUUCCCCCUGUAUCUGUAACACUAGAAAGCAAGUGUACACUAAAUGUUCACAAUAUUAAUGUUUUGAUAAAGCUGUCUGCACAGUUGGCCAGUAAACAACAGUCUAGUUCUUGGUUAACCUUGCUGAUGAGUUAAACGAGAAAAAAAACUACAGUUACAGUACUGUAUGUUAUUGGCACUGAGUACACAUUACUUUUAUUAUGACGGUGUAGCGUGUCUAAAAUGACCAUUAUACUGUGUAGAGGGUAUGGGGGCCAGUUAAUGCUGUACUAUGUACACAAACAUAAAUCAUAACCCUAAGGUAAUGAAUCUCUUCCUGAGGAGACACACACCACACACACACAUAGAGUAUACGGAGGCUCCAGACAGUUCAGAUGAGACUUGUCACGUCCGUUGACACACGGCCCAAUUAAAGGGGAGGAUUAGUCCAGGACUGGGUGACCUCCCCAGGAAUCUCCCUCCCAUGCUGUGUGUGUACACUGUCAGACCCAACCACCAACCCUCCCUUUAAGCACUCUCACCUGCUAAUUAGGGAGGCCAGGAGCCGUGUGUGCAUGCGUGUGUGUGUAAGGCACUGAGUGCCCAGGACUGUCAGAGAGGACUCAGUGGAUUUGCAGGCCAAGAUGUCCUUACAUAAAUAUUUGACUUUACUAUUGUAAGUCUAUGAGAGUCCAGUCCAACACACGUCAUAGCCAUGGCGAGCAGUUACGAUUUUCAUUUCAAUUGGAUGUCAUUUAUUGUUUUAAAUUAUUAUAUGUUUUAUAUGUAUGAAUUCCUUAGUCAUUAAACCCAAGUAGGCUUUAGUGUACCAUGUUCAGCCGAGGUUAUAGGAGUUUUAACGUGAGGAGACGUAUACUAUCAGACACUGUGUUAUUUACUUUGGAUAGUUUUGAUGUGUGCAUCUUGCUCCUGUGUAAGAAUUGGGCCAGAUACUGUAGGACCCAGGGAUGGUGAUGGGAACAGCCAAGGCUAAGGGACAGUGACAGUGACAUCAAGAGCAUUCAGCCACAUUCCCAGCUGUAGCUGGUGAAGGUUUAUUUGGGAACAGUAGCCUUCUGAAACAACACACACACUUACACCUGCUGCCCUGUCAGACCAACAGCAGCCAUGGACACCAGGUAAGACCCCAUGGAACUGAACUAAGAUGUUAUAGGACUCUGACUUUAGCUAAAGUUCCCAAAGCAAGGCCUCUGUGAGUGUAGUUGAGUAUAGUAAAGUAUGUUUCGUAGCUGUAUGUCGGUUUAUGUUAUCUGAACUGAAAGAGGCCUUGAGCAGUUAGGAGUUGGGAGUUGAGUGAUGAUGUGAGUGGGUUGAGUGUUGAGAGAUGUGUAAAACUAGCCCUGGUUGAUCUGUAAAACAGUUGUUAUGGAGCUUUUCUUGUAGUCUCUGAGGAGAGCAGACACGCAGAGCAGAUUGGUGAGAGAGAGAGAGAGAGAGAGAGAGAGAGAGAGAGAGAGAGAGCGAGCGAGAGAGAGAGAGACUGACAAAUGCUAGGCUGGUAUGUGGGAGAUGGAGAAAGGGAAGCCUUGUUGAUUACUGACUGGAGAGUUAUACUACUACUCACUGUACACAUCAACGCCAGUCGUUUUGACACAGGUAGUGUGCCUUUUUUAAAAGCUUUCUUUUUGUCCCGUGUGAUAGUCUAAAUGAAUUGUGUAUAUUCUGUAAGUGUGUGUGUUGGGGUGGGGGUUGUGUGUCUGUGUACAGUCAGUAUAUCAGCCUGUCUGUCUGUGUAUGUAUAUGUGUGUGUCUGAAUCUCUCUGUGUGUGCAGUGUCAGACUAGUAACAUAUUCAGAAGGUCUGGGGGAGUCUCCAGUCCAGCCCUCCAGCCUGCAGUCCUCUUGGCUCCCUCUCCCUAGGAGGAGGAGCUACCAGAACCUUUAGCUCCUAGUCCGUGCAGAGGACAUCAUUACCUACUGGAGGAGGGGUUAGGGGAACUGUGGGAGGGGCUAUGGGAAGCCUCAGUGGUUAGCUCCUCCCAGCAGAUGGCAUAUCACUCUACUCUCUCUGGCGUGGACUCAGAGCUCAGAGCUACAUGGGACCAAAGUCUGCCUCACUGUCCGACUCCCACAGCUACCCUAGGGAGAGCGAAGGAGUGAGAUAGAGAAGAGAAUAGAGAGAGCGAGAGAAGAGGAGAGAGAGAGAGAGAGAGAGAGAGAGAGAGAGAGAGAGAGAGAGAGGAGUGAAGCGAUACAAGAGAUACACCACCUUUUUUCUUAUUUUCUUGUAAUAGAUGUUGUGUUGUUGAUGACGAGCGUUUGGCCAGCUCUGGUCUCGGUCUCUGGUCCCAGGAAGAGGCAGGGUCAUUGAAGUGAAAGUGUGUGUCCUGUCCUGUCGCUUGUGCCAGUUUUAUUUUUCCCUCCUGAACACUGGAACCAUACUGUGAGCAUUAUGACUCUACUUGGCUCUGAACACUCCAUACUGAUACGAAGCAAGUUUAGAUCAGGUAAGAUCCUAUACUGUGUGUGUGUGUCUCUUUUCAUUUCUACUCACCUAUCGGUAAUCACCUAUGCAAUUGUCCAGUCAUUUGUUCAUUCAACCCUUUGGACUGGCACUUUGUUGAUGUAAUGUAUGAUACAAUGUUUGCACUUGCGUGGAAUAAGAAACAUGUAUUUGUUCAAUCCCGUUUGUCCAACCGUCAAUACUUGUAUUUUGUUGAUAGUGUACAGUAGUACCGGUACAUGCUCUUUCUUUAUCCUUCAUCUGUGGUAGAGUAUGAUUUGCAUUGCCUCCCGUGCAGCAGAGCACAGAGGAUGAGGGAGGUUGGAUGACAGGUGUGUGUAAUUUAGUAGGGCCAGCUGAUAAUGUUGUUGAGGAGGAGCAGAGAGACUCCGUCAUCACAGAGUUCAUGGAGGAUACCACCCAUCAGUGGUGCCACCCUUUAAUCACGUUGCUCUGCUCUAUGGAUGCUAUGGUGUAUAGAUGCUUUGUCGUAAAAGUGAAAACACGUGACUGAGGGUACGUGUGUGGUUGGGGGUCGAUCCCAUUUAGAUUUAGUUCAUUCGGGAAGUGAACUAAAAUUCCAGUUCAAGAACAGCUAAAAUCCUAAUUGAAAAUAAAAUAUUUGAAUUGAAAUGGAAUCGACCCCAACCUUGUACACUUGUUUCCAAGAGUUCUCUUGUACAGGUUCAUGCACUUGUUUGCUUUUGAAGAAAAGCAGCAAGUGACGUUCUGACACUUAAACCCUCAAGGUUCUGAUAGAGAAUAGUGCAAGGUUAAAGGUUAUCAUAAUUAGGCUGUGAUGAGAGCGGUGUGUGUGUGGUGUGUUGGUGACCUUACCUGCCUGGACUACAGUACUGAUAUAAACCCUUCUAACACACAGCAGCUGUUUGGGCUUCUUCUUGUAUAUCCCUCUAUCUCUGUUCUUUCUCAUACACUUAAACACACACACAUGCGCGCGCACACACACACACAAACUUCUCUCUCGAUCUCUCUCUCUUCUUCUGUCUAUGUCUCGUGUAUAUAUACAGUCUACUCUUUAUCUUGCAACUCUGUCUCUAUGUAGAUGUCUGUACUGUGAACAAUACUGCCCCCUCCCUGAAGGGAAUGUUACUGACAGCCAGAGCUACAGUCUAAUGCUUGGGACUUUCUCCCUGUCCUGCUCAGUCACAGUUUGAUACACACGGUUUACAGUCAACCAGCAUUUUAUCCAGUGAUUCAUUUCACUGUGAACAAAACGUAGGGAACCACAAUAGUUGAAAGGCUCUGACCAGCUCUCUUUCUCUCUCUUUAUUUGACUUCAGUGCAAUCUCUCUGCACUCAGCGCGGUAAUUGCUUACCAGCAAUCGCAGGCUAAAUUGUGCUUUUCCUCUGUGUUGUUUAGACCAGCAACUGUGCACUGGGAAAUUACCUCUGGGCUCUGGGGGGAGAGCGAGAGAGGGAUGGAGAGAGAAGGAGAGAGAGAUGUAAGGGCUGGAGUCAUUGUAGUGGUAUGGCCAGACAGAGAGACUUUCACACGGCAGCGGCUCAUGGAUUUGGUGUUUGGUGUUGCUGUGACACACACACAUUAGGCUGAUAGACUGGUUAUUAAUGCCCUGCUGAUGUGGGGAGACUGUUUAGUCUUACAUGCUGGGUCACAGAGAGUAAGCUAUGGGAACUACAACUGGUAAGAUAUUCUAGCAGCGAGGGAUAAGAAUCUCAGAGGGGUCCCAGGGGUGUGUGUGUGUGUGUGUGUGUGUGUGUGUGUGUGUGUGUGUGCACGCAUGCUUCUCACUAGCAUUACAUAACUGUACAGGACAGAGAUGUUGGAGUUGUAUAUUAUGUCAACACAAAAUCUAGGCUCAACGUGUUGAAUUAGAUUUUUUGUAUUUUAUUACAUUUGUCCAUGCCUUCUGCCUCUGGAGAGUUUCAUGGAGGUAUAAAUGGUAGGUUCUGUUAUAAACAUAACCUUGUUAUAAACCCUGAUAUAACCUCCCAGUAGUGUUCAUCUAGCAUGUUUUUAUUAUAUGGAAUACCAAGCUUUCCUACUUAAACAAGGGUUAUUGUAUCUCUAUAGCUCUCUCCCUGAAUUUAGUUGUGAUUAACAGUAGUGUUGGUGUGUCUGUGCUAUCUCUGUCUGAUUUCAGAGGGCCAGUUGGUGGUAAUAUUAAAGCAGGGUAGUAACUAUAAAUCAGCUCAGAGCCAACUCUGUUACACACUGACAGGCACCACACUUCCAAGAAUCACGAAGGACAGGGUGAGGAUGGAUCUGAAAAUGAUUUGCCCUAAUGCCAUAAAUGUAAGUGUGUGGAGGCGCAAGGGUGUGUGUUUAUUUGCGCUGUGAGUGAAUGUGUGGGAGAUGAGAGAGAGAGAGAUAGAUGGAGAGAAUCAUCUCUCAGGUUAGUGGCAUUUUAGAAAUCUUAGUCUUGUUUGGGGAACUCCUCUUUAGAGGAAACCCCUAACUAUAUACCCUUUGACCUCUCCAGGAGCAUCGCAGCUGCUUUGACAACAGCUGUGCCAUAGUCGUUAUGACUGUGAGUUGCUGUGACUGUGUUGCCGUGUCUUUUUGCUCCAGGAAUAAUUUUGAUUUGAUUAGACUGAUAGACAUUAUUGGACAGUCAAUGUUAAUUGCUGUACCAGUAAUUGAUAUCACCAGAGCAGUGAGCAGACUCUCCUGACAUGGGACACAGGCCCUUUUGACAACUGGACGGGCUAUUUAUGAGCUGUUUAAGAUAUUAAUCACAUAUUUAUAGAUACAUAAGGUAUUAAGAAUAAUUGUAUUAAACCUGGCUGGGAUCCAGUGGGGUGGGUAACAUAUCCAUUGACAGAAAGAGAGAGGAAGAGAAGAGCUAAAGAGAGAGAUUCAAAGAAUUUGAGUACUAUACUGAAAAAUGGUUUGCAUUUUUUUGUCCCAGUGUCGAGUCAGAGUGAAUGGCUGUGCUGCUGCCAUCUGAUGUACAGGGCAGGAGGUCACGGCUCGGGGCUGUAAACUCAAUCAGAUGUUUAGAGAAUUGUGUGUGUCAUUAUGAAACAGAGGUAGAUGGCCUGAGAGGAGGGAGAGAUAAAGCCAACACACACACACAGACCAAUACAUACAGUACUCCUUAAACAUCAAUGGGUAUGUGUCACAGUGUUUCCCUGGCGUAUUGAUGAAACAGAUCUCUUAGACUACGUAGCAGCUCUGUCCAUUCAGCGGUCCACUCCAACCAAAGAGCAGCUAAGAGUGAUAACCCCCCCCCCCCCCACACACACACACACACACACACACACACACACACACACACACACACAUUCUGGCAGACACAAGGGGCUUUGGAUAGAGGUUAAGGGGAGCUCGGGAGACAUGGGCCAGUGUGUUUGUCAGAACGCAGACAGAUGCACGCCCUCCCAGACCACACACUGCCUAGCAGAUCUGUUUAAAGGCCAGGAGCUGUGUUCAUCAUUCCCUACAUCCUGUUCACAGAAAUAUUUGUCAGCCCACAUCGCCAUUUCUUCCUUGUUUUGUGUGUCUGUGCAACUCUUCUACGUAAUUGCCGCACAGAAAGAUUGGCACACAGAGAGAUUGGCAUGAAGCUUGUUUUGAGGACGGUAGCAUCAGAACUUUGAGAACUUUUAAACAGUGGUGUGUUCUAUCACUGAAACUUCAUUGAUGUUGGUUCAUGAAACUGUCAAACCCGAUUCUCUCACCGUCACACAACCAUAACAAUACUUUCUCUGCUGCUACGGUAGUCAUCUGACAUUAGUAGCAUACUCAGUCUCUCUACCCCUCCUCUGUAUCUCCUUCCUUCGCCCUUUUCUGCCCUCCCUCAUCUCUCUGUCUCCCUCCCUUCUCCAUCUCUCCCCCUGUAGUUCUGCAGUUAAGACUUCAGCAGAGGAGGACUCGAGAGCAGCUUGCAGACCAAGGCAUCAUGCCUCGUGAGUAACACUCUUUUACACAUGAAGACACAUGCAUAUGUACACAUACACAUGCAUACGCACACACACACACACACACAGCUCAUAAGUGUGUGUGACACCAUGUACUGUAUUACUAGAGCGAGUGAGAGAAAGAGAGAGAGAGAAAAAAAGAGAGAGAUUUAACUUGCAACUGACGACGGCGAUGAAACACGACGUGCUACAUGGCCCUCGCUUCUACGAGCCGACACACUUACCUCAUGAUAACAAAACGUAGUCCUUAACAAUGUAACCAGAGACCCAUCUAUCCUGAUAACACCAUGUUCAAGCUGAUCUAGGAUCUAUACCUCUAACACCAUAAUAUGUUAUAGCUGAUAUAUGAUCUAUGAUCACCUCUAUCCCGAUAACACCAUAUUACAGCUGAUCUAUGGUCUGUGAUCUAUGUGGAAGCCUUGAAUCAUCUUGCACAGUGAGACAGUAAGGGAGUAUCAGACAAACAGACAGGCAGGGAGACAGCUAGGUAGAAAGGCGCGCACACACACAUGCACACACGAAACAGGUAUAUUUAAUCUGCAUUUAAUGCUCAUAAUAAUUAGGGCUAUAUUACAAACUGGCUAACGUCUGUGAGAGAAGCCAGUCACGAGUCAUCUCCACAAUACAGUCCAGAGUUGUAGCCUGUGUGAGUGCACUAGCCUGAGUAUUUAUAAACGGCUGCAGGCUGGGGUUAGGGGGUUGUAGUGUAGUAGGGAAGGUUGUUGAAUGCUAUCUCUCUGGCACGGUUUGACAUUCGUUUCACUGGGGCUCCAGCAGUGAGAUAACCAGUGGUAAGUGUGUGUGCAGGGGGAAUGCAAUCCAGAGGCCUAGCCACAGUGUGUGCGUGUGCCCAUGCAUCUGUAUGUGUGUUAAUAGACGGCACUCAGAGAAAUCUUCAAAAACCCUUUCCAUGUGUACUGCGGACCUCUCGCAUACAAUCAGCAGAUAAACGGCCAAUCGAAAAAUUCUUCUAAAAUAGUAUUUGCCCUGUCGACCAAUCACGUUGCCCCUUGCUGCUUUAUCUCCGGCAGACUCCCAGAAACUGAUAGGCCAUGCCGGGCCUCUGGAUUCCGUUCCCUCGCACACUUAACACUGGUUGCACACACACACAAACACACAUACACAUUUUAUUAUCCUUCACAGGACAGGGGACUGGGCAGUCAAAGCCAAGCCUCUCACGGUGUGAUGGAGAGAGAAUGUGAUUUCCCAUUCUGUGCAGUUUUAGUACGUAAAUAAGGCUCAUUUUUACUAAUAUUGUUUUUCAAUGUUUGACAGAAUACCAUUAUCAGUAUUGUGUGCGUGUGUGUGUGUGUGAGAUGGACAUGGCGUAGGGUGUGUGUAUAUAUUACCCAGAGAACAUCUGGUGUUUAUUAGAAUCUCUAGUGCUGCUUCGGCCUCUCAGGGCUCUCUGGCUUGUGGCUGGCUGAAGAAGAGUCCACACACCCACGCACUCACUCACCCACCCACACACACACACACACACACAGAGAGUGAGACACUGCCUCUCAACUCUGACGUGUGGUUGGCGGAGAAGGAAGGGUCCACAUACACACACACACACAACACACUCUAAGUCCUCUACUCUAACACGAUAAGUGUGUCGUUUCACCACAAAUCUCCAUUCCCCUAGAUGUGGUACUUUUUCUUUAUUCCAUAGCGCCAAUGGAUAAACGAUGAAUAGUACUGUAUAGUUUAUUCUACUGCAUUAAUGCACCAUAUACUGUACAUAGGAUUGAGAUAUGAAGUGAGGUUUACAUUAGACAGAAAGUAAAUAGUGGGUUUUAGUUUAGCUUUAGGAUGUUUUAACUUGGUGCCAACUGUAAAGUAGACUGACUCAUACUACAGGGUAUGUUUCUAUUAGAGAUAAUAGUCUGGAGAACUAUGUAAAAACACUAAUGUCCUGCUGUGUUGUUAUUCAGUGUCUGGACAGCGCUUACAUUGUUGCAUUGGAGAGUGAUGUAAUCUGUGCAGCUCUAAUGUCAUGGAGAGUGUUGUUAUAUGUUUUUUGUAUAUUACGUGGAGAGUUGAUAGGAAGUAGCUGUGCAGGCCUUAUAUCAGGACAGUGUUGUGCUGGAGAGACUUUUAUUUAGUCUCUAUGCAUCUCUAUAAAGCUUCUGCAGCCCUUACGUCAGGUUAGAGUCAUGUGCGAGUCAGAGUGAGAGAAACGGACACAGUGAGUGACAGGCCGGGGCAGAUGGUGUAUUAACAGACAGUGAUCUCACCAUCGCAUCCCAUGUGGCUGGUUAGCAACAUGACCACUGUUACGCCAGGACAAACCCUGCCCGGACAGACCAGGACAGCAGGUGAUCCCUGCAUCCUCUAGGGAAGGACACUGAAGGCCCCGGUCAAUUACUCAUAAAUCUUUCCUUCCUCCCUUCUUUCUAUCUUUCCUUUCUUACUGCCUUCCUUCACAGCAAAAUCGCCAGUGUUCAUAUAUCCUGGUGAGGGCAGUUUUGGUGUUGAUGUGGUGUUACUUUGUGUUACUAUGAAUGCCAGCUGGUAUUGCUUUUUAAGAUGUUGUUUAAAAAUACUGUUGUUCAGUCAGGGUGUCAAAUUUGACCUAGUAUUGAAUUUUCAGUGUAACAUUUCUAGUGUUGAUUUAGGUGUUAAAUUAACUUUGUAAGUGUGAAAUUAACACUCAUUGUUGUAAAAGAACGCCAGUGUUGUUGUUAAUAACCAGUGUUAAACCAAAACCAUGGCCAUCAUUAUCAUAUUUCCCAGCAUGCGCUAUUGCAGGUUGAUUUUUAGAAUUGUUUGUUUCAAUAUCUAUGCUUUUGCAUGUACAUUGAUUGAUUAAUUGAUUCAUCUUAUGCUACUCAAUUAUAAAUAACAUACAUUUUAAUAAACUAAUCCAAUGUUACUUGGACUUAUUGCACCCGUUACUGAAAUGGUUGUUUCCAGUUUAGAUGCUUAUAUUAGUCUCAUAUCUUAGUCUUCCCGGCAGUCAUUCUGAAUGUUGGAUAUCCCCACUCUGGCUGGAUUUCAAUAGGAAUUACACAUCACUUUGCAAGCCAGAAUAAUGUGACUUGCAGGCUUGAUGUGACCUGUAAACCAUGAGUUUCAGGCCACUGUAUUAGGGUAAAACUAGACCCUCAAAAUAAGGCCUUAUAAAUUAUGUGUUGUAUUGUGUUAAGGAAUACAAUUUAAUGAUAACAUAUUCGCUUAGGAUCACACUUGGUGAAGGCCACUGGACUGAAAAUUGAUGAAUGAAACAACCAUGUCCCUGUCACUAACAAAAACAGUCAUGGGUGGUAACUCUACAAUUCACUCGAAAGGCAAGGCACUCUGGGAAAUAUGCAAAUAAGGCUUUACACUAAACAGUUUGCUAAUUUAACACUGAAAAGUGUGGACCCGUAUAGAUAAUGAACCAGUGUUAAUGAACUCUGCUGAUUUAACACUGGAUAAUUUGCUGUAAAGGUAUCAGUGAACACCAUAAGUGUACCUCAUGAGUGUAGCUAGACAUGUGUUGCAAUUAUGCAAUUCUACACAUUUUGCCAUGGGGCAAAGAUACAAAUGUUCAGUUUUAUUGCUAAUAUCAUGCUAUUCUGCACAUUUUGCCAUGAGACUAAAAUAUAGGUGUGUUGACUUGUUUGCUAAAUGAACUAAUGAAGUAGGCAGUGGCAUGGUGCAUAUAGCCAUAGAAGCACAGUGACAUAUGCCUCAAUGCAGUCAUAUUCAUGGCUUAUUGGGGGUCUUGCUUUCAGUUAGUUCUUUUUUGCCACCCAUCACAUGAGAGGGAAUGUCAUUCCAGUUAAUCUGAAUGUCAUUCCAGUCCACUGCUUGCUAUGAAUUCUAUCUGAUGGUGUUUGCAUGUUUAGGUAAAAAGACAAAUAAUGUCUUAUUUGAAAAGGUGGGUGGAGUACUGAAAAUCUGUAUGUAAGUAAAUUUACAUACAGUAUUGUUACCUAGAUUGUAAUUUACUCAAGUAAAAGUAGAAGUAGCCCUCUGAAUAAACUACUCAAGUAAGAGAAAAUGUAUCCGGUCAGAAAACUACUUACACUAUAUGACUACAAGUAUGUGGACACCUGCUUGUCAAACAUCUCAUUCCAAAAUCAUGGACAUUAAUUUGGAGUUGGUCCCCCCUUUGCCGCUAUAACAGCCUCCACUCUUCUGGGAAGGCUUUCCACUAGAUGUUGGGACAUUGCUGUGGGAACAUGCUUCCAUUCAGCCACAAGAGCAUAAGUGAGGUCGGGCACUUAUGUUGGCCAAUUAGGCCUGGCUCGCAGUUGGCGUUCCAAUUCAUCCCAAAGGUGUUUGAUGGGGUUGAGGUCAGGGCUAUGUGCAGGACAGUCAAGUUCUUCCACACUGAUCUCGACAAACCAUUUCUGUAUGGACCUCACUUUGUGCACGGGGGCAUUGUCAUGCUGAAACAAAGUUGGAAGCACAGAAUCAUCUAGAAUGUCAUUGUAUGCUGUAGCGUUAAAAUUUCCCUUCACUGGAACUAAGUGGCCUAGCCUGAACCAUGAAAAACAGCCCCACACCAUAUUCCUCCUCCACCAAACUUUGCAGUUGGCACUAUGCAUUCGGGCAGGUAGCGUUCUCCUGGCAAACCCAGCGUGAUUCAUCACUCCAGAGAAUGCGUUUCCACUGCUCCAGAGUCCAAUGGCGGCGAGCUUUACACCACUCCAGCCAAUGCUUGGCAUUGCGCAUGUUGAUCUUAGGCUUGUGUGUGGCUGCUCGGCCAUGGAAACCCAUUUCAUGAAGCUCCCGACGAACAGUUCUUAAUAAUAUGUCAUUUAGCAGACGCUUUUAUCCAGAGCGACUUACAAAUUGGUGCAUUCACCUUAUAGCCAGUGGGAUAACCACUUUACAAUAUGUUUUUCUUUUUUUGGGGGGUGGGGUAAGGGGGGGGGGGGGGGUAGAAGGAUUACUUUAUCCUAUCCCAGGUAUUCCUUAAAGAGGUGGGGUUCCAAGUGUCUCCGGAAGGUGCUGAGUGACUCCGCUGUCCUGGCGUCGUGAGGGAGGUUGUUCCACCAUUGGGGUGCCAGAACAGCGAACAGUUUUGACUGGGCUGAGCGGGAACUGUGCUUCCGCAGAGGUAGGGGGGCCAGCAGGCCAGAGGUGGAUGAACGCAAUGCCCUCGUUUGGGUGUAGGGACUGAUCAGAGCCUGAAGGUACGGAGGUGCCGUUCCCCUCACAGCGCCGUAGGCAAGCACCAUGGUCUUGUAGCAGAUGCGAGCUUCAACUGGAAGCCAGUGGAGUGUGCGGAGGAGCGGGGUGACGUGAGAGAACUUGGGAAGGUUGAACACCAGACGGGCUGCGGCAUUCUGGAUGAGUUGUAGGGGUUUAAUGGCACAGGCAGGGAGCCCAGCCAACAGCGAGUUGAAGUAAUCCUGACGGGAGAUGACAAGUGCCUGGAUUAGGACCUCUGCCGCUUCCUGUGUAAGGCAGGGUCGUACUCUCCGAAUGUUGUAGAGCAUGAACCUACAGGAUCGGGUCACCGCCUUGAUGUUAGUGGAGAACGACAGGGUGUUGUCCAGGGUCACGCCAAGGCUCUUUGCACUCUGGAAGGAGGACACAACAGAGUUGUCAACCGUGAUGGCGAGAUCAUGGAACGGGCAGUCCUUCCCCGGGAGGAAGAGCAGCUCCGUCUUGCCGAGGUUCAGCUUGAGGUGGUGAUCUGUCAUCCACACUGAUAUGUCUACCAGACAUGCAGAGAUGCGAUUCGCCACCUGGUUAUCAGAAGGGGGAAAGGAGAAGAUUAGUUGUGUGUCGUCUGCGUAGCAAUGAUAGGAGAGGCCAUGUGAGGAUAUGACAGAGCCAAGUGACUUGGUGUAUAGCGAGAAUAGGAGAGGGCCUAGAAUUGAGCCCUGGGGGACACCAGUGGUGAGAGCACGUGGUGCGGAGACAGAUUCUCGCCACGCCACUUGUUAGGAGCGACCUGUCAUGUAGGACGCAAUCCAGGAGUGAGCCGCGCCGGAGAUGCCCAACUCGGAGAGGGUGGAGAGGAGGAUCUGAUGGUUCACAGUAUCAAAGGCAGCAGACAGGUCUAGAAGGACAAGAGCAGAGGAGAGAGAGUUAGCUUUAGCAGUGCGGAGAGCCUCCGUGACACAGAGAAGAGCAGUCUCAGUUGAAUGACCAGUCUUGAAACCUGACUGGUUUGGAUCAAGAAGGUCAUUCUGAGAGAGAUAGCAAGAGAGUUGGCUAAAGACGGCACGCUCAAGAGUUUUGGAGAGAAAAGAAUGAAGGGAUACUGGUCUGUAGUUGUUGACAUCGGAGGGAUCGAGUGUAGGUUUUUUGAGAAGGGGUGCAACUCUCGCUCUCUUGAAGACGGAAGGGACAUAGCCAGCGGUCAAGGAUGAGUUGAUGAGCGAGGUGAGGUAAGGGAGAAGGUCUCUGGAAAUGGUCUGGAGAAGAGAGGAGGGGAUAGGGUCAAGCGCGCAGGUUGUUGGGCGGCCGGCCAUCACAAGUCGCAAGAUUUCAUCUGGAGAGAGAGGGGAGAAAGAAGUCAAAGCAUAGGGUAGGGCAGUGUGAGCAGGACCAGCAGUGUCAUUUGACUUAACAAACGAGGAUCGGAUGUCGUCAACCUUCUUUUCAAAAUGGUUGACGAAGUCAUCCACAGAGAGGGAGGAGGGGGGGAGGGGGAGGAGGAUUCAGCAGGGAGGAGAAGGUGGCAAAGAGCUUCCUAGGGUAAGAGGCAGAUGCUUGGAAUUUAGAGUGGUAGAAAGUGGCUUUAGCAGCAGAAACAGAGGAAGAAAAUGUAGAGAGGAGGGAGUGAAAAGAUGCCAGGUCCGCAGGGAGUCUAGUUUUCCUCCAUUUCCGCUCGGCUGCCCGGAGCCCUGUUCUGUGAGCUCGCAAUGAGUCGUCAAGCCACGGAGCAGGAGGGGAGGACCGAGCCGGCCGGGAGGAUAGGGGACAUAGAGAGUCAAAGGAUGCAGAAAGGGAGGAGAGGAGGGUUGAGGAGGCAGAAUCAGGAGAUUGGAGGGAGAAGGAUUGAGCAGAGGGAAGAGAUGAUAGGAUGGAAGAGGAGAGAGUAGCGGGAGAGAGAGAAGGUUGCGACAGCGCAUUACCAUCUGAGUAGAGGCAGAGUGAGUAGUGUUGGAGGAGAGCGAGAGAGAAAAGGAUACAAAGUAGUGGUCGGAGACAUGGAGGGGAGUUGCAGUGAGAUUAGUAGAAGAACAGCAUCUAGUAAAGAUGAGGUCAAGCGUAUUGCCUGCCUUGUGAGUAGGGGGGGGACGGUGAGAGGGUGAGGUCAAAAGUGGAGAGGAGUGGAAAGAAGGAGGCAGAGAGAAAUGAGUCAAAGGUAGACGUAGGGAGGUUAAAGUCACCCAGAACUGUGAGGGGUGAACCAUCCUCAGGAAAGGAACUUAUCAAGGCGUCAAGCUCAUUGAUAAACUCUCCAAGGGAACCUGGAGGGCGAUAAAUGAUAAGGAUGUUAAGCUUGAAUGGGCUAGUGACUGUGACAGCAUGGAAUUCAAAUGAGGAAAUAGACAGAUGGGUCAGCGGAAAAAGAGAGAAUGUCAACUUGGGAGAGAUGAGGAUUCCUGUGCCACCACCCCGCUGACCAGAUGCUCUCGGGGUAUGCGAGAACACAUGAGGUCAUGUGUGCAUACAGUUCUUGCACUUACAGUUCUUGUGCAGACGUUGCUUCCUGAGGCAGUUUGGAACUCGGUAGUAAGUGUUGCAACCGAGGACAGACAAUUUUUACACGCUUCAGCACUCGCAGUCCCGUUCUGUGAGCUUGUGUGGCCUACCACUUCGCGGCUGAGCCGUUGUUGCUCCUAGACAUUUCCAUUUCACAAUAACAGCACUUACAGUUGACCGGGGCAGCUCUAGCAGGGCAUAAAUUUCACAAACUGACUUGCUGGAAAGGUGGCAUCCUAUGACGGUGCCACAUUGAAAGUCACUGAGCUCUUCAGUAAGGCCUUUCUACUGACAAUGUUUAGUAUGGAGAUUGCAUGGCUGUGUGCUCGAUUUUAUACACCUGUCAGCAGCGGGUGUGGCUGAAAUAGCCGAAUCCACUAAUUUGAAGGCAUGUCCACAUACUUUUGUGUAUAUAUAGUGUAAGUACUAGUUACAAAUUUAGUUUGGAUAUUUUUUACACCUGGUAAACUGUGACAGCAAACAAAAAGAACAACAACUUAGUGCAAUUGAUUUCACAUUAAACUAUUAUUUAAGCCAGCAACAUCUUGUGGACCCCAGGAAGAGUAGCGGCUGCAUUAGCAGCAGCUAAUGGGGAUCCUUAUAAAAAUGCUAAAUUGCAGAUGUCCUCCAGCACAGGUAGUCUCCAAUGAAGACUAACAUAAAACAAAGUCCAUAGGCUGUACAGUUUCAAUGAUGGUGCUUUUCAAAGAUUACUUAAUAUUUACUGAAUCAAUGUGUUCAAUUUCAUAGAAAGGUAAAUGGUACUCGAGAGUUUGGAAUAAUUUCAACAUUUCAAUAUCAUUAAUGAACAUUUAUUUCACAAUAUAAUUUCAAGUACAUGUGAUGGUGAAUGCGUACUAAAAAGAUUUACACCAAGUGUGAUGUUACAUUUUCUACUCAGAAUGAAGGAUCAAGGAGGAUCAGGUAGGUGUUACAACAGUCAAACAACAUCGAAAUGUCACUAUCAAUCAUGUUGCUAGUAUGCAAAUCAGACACAUUUCAGCAUGGAAUUAAACAUCAAGGUAGGUAUUCAGGUAAGAAUCAUGUAAGUAAUAAAUAAUCAAAUAGUGCAAAUAUCAAUUGCCAUAGUCAACUCAAUCAUCUUUUUCCUGCUAAGGUAGGAUUUCCCCUCCAUUCUCCUUCUCUUCCGAACCGCUCCUUUACACUUUGAAGGGUCUUUUCUUUUCUUGGCUGGCCCAUUCACCUCCCCCUCGGUUGUGCCAUUACAAGCACAAAUUUACUUAAGUACAUGUAACGCAUUACUUGUAACGUGUUACUACCCACCUCUGCCUAUUUGGAACACUGACAAGAAGAGAGCAGAAAAAAAUAUUAUUAUAAUAUUAUUUUUUGCUCAAUUUGAUUGGGUGGGCCCGGGCCCGUACCUACGCGGCUGAUGUACCUUUAACACUGACCUAGUGUAAAAAUCGAAUUCUAAAGUGUUAAAUACAAGGGAUUAGUGAAACCCAUAACUGUGUACCUUUAACACUGAGUUAGUGUUCCAUAUUAAUGCCACUGGUGUUGGAAAGUAUCGGUGUUAAAAGGUAAACACUUUGAAAAGUGUAAAUUCAAUACUUUCUGGUAGUUCUCAUAUAAACACUUCAAAAGUGUUAGAUUUAACACCCACAGUGUUCAAUUUACAGAUCGAAUUUUGCUGUGUUCCUUUCUUUCUUCACUUUUUGUCUUUUAGGCAUGUAUUUGGAUAUUCACUCAUGAAGGUCAUUAACUCUUAAAGUAGUCCAGUAGUUGCUAUAUUUGGAAAUGAUCUUGAUCAGUGAUCGUAACCAGUAGCAAUACUCUGGACUAUCUAGAUGUAGCUAUAAUUUGUAGUCUGUACAAAAUUAUGAUGCUUUUGUUCAACAGAUGUAAGCGACUUAAUGAGACAGCAAUAGUUCUUAAAAGGAGCCAAUUAAAUAUGCUUAAUAUCAUUCAAUUCAUUCGUUUCCCAUCACAUAGUCUAGAUUUCAGCCAUCGAUGAAAGAUUUGACCAAAUAAGUGCUGUUACUAUUUCUCUCAGCUGAUUAAUCAAGCUAGCUCAGGCUACAGCUCAUCAGCAGGUUAUCCAUCCUAAAAGAAGCAUGGAUAUUGGGCCAACCCAACCCAGGAUUAUUUGUAUAGGAUUAAUGGGCAGUGUGUGUGCAAGGCAGUCUUACCCAUAUCACAGUAUCCAUUUUAAUUAUCUCUAACCCAUUUAUUUAUCCAGUGGAGGAAGUCUGUCUGCCUUCCAUGAGAGGAGAAAAAGGAUUCAACCAUAUAGAUGUAGACCUUUUAUGAGCACCUGGCACCAGCCAGCUCACCAGCUCUGACACUUAGGCAUUACGGCUGCAAUUUUGGGAGAGCUGCUUGGUACAGGGCUCGGACCAGGAAACGUAUAAGUCAUCUGUGGAUGUUUCGCAUCUGGAGAUUCAGAUGAGGAGCGAGCCCUACUGGCCUUAAUCAACUCAUAUACAAAAACGUUAAUAGUCAAGGGAGUUAAUAGUGUGGUUUUGCUUGCUGUGUACAUUUAGACUCGGCAGGGGACGUAUCGUCUGUGGAGGCUCAGCUGAGGCUGAAGAGAGCCCGCCUGGCAGACGACCUCAAUGACAAACUGGCCCUGAGACCUGGCCCCAUGGAGCUGGUGCACAAGAAUAUAAUUCCCCUAGACUCUGCUGCCUUCAGACAGGCAGCCGCCAUGACAGGUAUCACUGAGGGAUCGGAUGCCCUUUGCACGUAACACCUAUCUGCCUGUAUCUUGACGUGUGUGACUCACAAGCACCGGUGUGUGAUUUUUGACACAUAAACGUGUGAGUUUGGUUUUAAAUUUGUUUUUGAGUUUGAAAAGGGUGUGUUUUAACUCUUUAGUGACCUGGAGAUGAGGCUAUACAGCUGCGGUGAAAAACUAACCGAUGGACACAGACUAAAAGUAGUCAACCUUUUAAAGGCCAAGUGCAGUCAAAACCGUGAUUUCCUGUGUGUGAGUGUACAAAACAUUAAGGACACCUUCGUAAUAUUGAGUUGAACCCCCACCCCUUUAGCCCUCAGAACAGCCUCAAUUCGUCGGGGCAUGGACUCUACAAGGUGUCAAAAGCGUUCCACAGGGGUGCUGGCCCAUGUUGACGCCAAUGCUUCCCACAGUUGUGUCAAGUUGGCUGGAUGUCCUUUGGGUGGUGGACCAUUCUUGACACACACGGGAAACUGUUGACUGUGAAAAACUCAGCACUGUUGCAGUCCUUGACACAAACUGGUGCUCCUGGCACCUACUACCAUACCCUGUUCAAAGGCACUUACAUAUUUUGUCUUGCCCAUUCAUCCUCUGAAUGGAACACAUACACAAUCCAUGUCUUAAUUGUCUCAAGGCUUAAAAUCUCCUCCCCUUCAUCUACACUGAUUGAAGUGGAUUUAACAAGUGACAUCAAUAAGGGAUCAUAGCUUUCACCUGGUGUACCUGGUCAGUCUGUCAUGGAAAGAGCAGGUGUCCUUAAUGUUUUGUACACUCAGUAUAUAUUUCACAACAUGAGGUUGGAAUAAUACUGUGAAAUUGUGAAAUUUAUGAUAAUGCCGUUUUAGUGUAAGAGCUUUUGAAAAGACUGCCUGAAAUGUCAGCCUGUUUUGGUGGGAGGGAGUUUUGGCCUGCCUGGCGUCAUCACCAGGCAGUAUAAGUUAAUGGUAACACUUUACUUGAUGCCCAGAGUCAUAACACCUUAUGGCAUGGUCAUAACCUGUCAUAAUAUGGUCAUAACACUGUCAUGACACAUAUUUAGACCUGUUGUGACAUACAGUAUAUUGCAUUGGGGCGGCAGGUAGCUUAGUGGUUAAGAGCGUUGUGCCAGUAACCGAAAGGUUGCUGGUUCUAAUCCCCGAGCUGACUAGGUGAAAAAUCUGUCGAUGUGCCCUUGAGCAAGGCACUUAACCCUAAUUGCUCCUGUAAGUCGCUCUGGAUAAGAGCGUCUGCUAAAUGACUAAAAAAAAAUAAAAAAUAUAAAAAAUAAACAUGAUUUUAUGUCUGGUUAUGACACCUACAUAAGAGUGUGAAUACCCACGGAACCUACCACACAAGGCAGAACAUUCAAUUACACCAUAGCCUACUUGUCAACAGUAUGUUUAUUUUAUAUAACAUUUUCUGAAAUUGAACAUAUUAAAUUAUCAUUGUAAUUGUGCACACAUUGAUGUCAUACCUACACCUACCCAAAUGCUCUGUUGCUGAUGACUGGGAUGAAUGCUGGAAGAGAUUUCAGGAGCAAGACAAAACACCCUCUUUGUGACUGAUGACUGACAUAAGGGCAUGUACGUGAUAGGCCUAUCUGGCUUAUAUGAUUAUGAUGGUCAUAAUGCUUCUUGACAGCGUCAUAAAGUUUAUUUUCUUAGUCCAAGUAAAGUGACACAGGAUGAUCCUAAUGCUUCUUGACAGUGUCAUAAAGUGCAUUUUCUUAGUCCAAGUAAAGUGACACAGGAUGGUCAUAAUGUAUUUUCUACUAGUGAUUUAAAAAAAAAACAUGAUUGUAAAGAUUCAUUACAACAACAACAAAGGAAUUAAGAAACAAACUUUCAAACGAAAGGACAUUUCUUGGCAGGGAAAAAACACAUUUGAUAAAUGUGGGGUUUGACACUCUUAUGUAGGUGUCAUAACCAGCCAUAAAAUAACAGAAUAUAUGUCACAACAGGUGUAAAUAUAUGGGUCAUGACAGUGUUAUGACCAUAUUAUGACAGGUUAUGACAAGUUAUGUCAGUUGUUAUGACAUGGUUAGGACCGUGUCAUAAUGUGUUAUGACGCUGGGUGUCAAGUAAAGUGUUAGCAAGUUAAUACAGGGGUGCUGAAAGAUUAUUACUUUUUUUACAUAUAUAUACAGUACCAGUCAAAUGUUUGGACACACCUACUCAUUCAAGGGUUUUUCUUUCUUUUUAAAAUGUUUACAUUGUAGAAAAAUAGUGAAGACAUCAAAACAAUGAAAUAACACAUAUGGAAUUAUGUAGUAACCAUAAAUGUGUUAAACUAAUCAAAAUAUAUUUUAUAUUUGAGAUUCUUCAAAUAGCCACCCUUUGCCUUGAUGACAGCUUUGCACACUCUUGGCAUUCUCUCAACCAGCUUCACCUGGAAUGCUUUUCCAACAGUCUUGAAGGAGUUCCCACAUAUGCUGAGCACUUGUUGGCUGCUUUUCCUUCACUCUGCCGUCCGACUCAUCCCAAACCAUCUCAAUUGGGUUGAGGUCGUGGGAUUGUGGAGGCCAGGUCACCUGAUGCAGCACUCCAUCACUCUUCUUCUUGGUAAAAUAGAAUGAGUAGGUGUGUCCAAACUUUGACUGGUAGUGUAUAUAUAUUUUUUUAAUGAAUAUUAAUAGCAACAACAGAUUAAACACAUUUUGGACAAGCGAUCCCUGGAAUAAGUUUAUAGGGUGUAAUACAAUACAAUACAAUGUAAUAUUAUUCAUCUACAAUGUAUGUUCUUAACGCUGGGUAACAUGGUCCUGGGAGGCUCACAGGGAUAUUAGUAUCCACUCCACCACAAUACUUUUUCUAUUCCCCCCAUUUUUUAAAACAUACAUUCAUUACAUUUACAUCAUUUAUCAGAUGCUCUUAUCAAGAGCGACUUACAGUUGUGAGUGUAUAAUUUUUUUGGAACGUUUUCGUACUGGUCUCCCGUGGGAAUCAAACCCAAGCUUUAAAGCUUUAAAACUGCAAUGUGUUCUCUCUGCCUUAUGGCACAUUUGUGAGGUUAAGCUUUACCUCUUAAGGCACCAAGCUGUUUUUUACAUGCAUUUUUAUUUCCUUUGCUAUUGGGCUAGAACUAAUUAAAUAAAAACUAAGUUCAAUUUUGUGUGUCUCUUUUGAGAAAUGAUUCAUAGUGAUUCAUGUCAUUGAUUGGCUACAUUUCACACAACUAAUAAUAUGAGUAUUAUUUAGUAUAAUUGUUUUAUUUCAUUGGGACAUGUAGAGUUUUUAGCUGCAUCAGAGCUAGCUUUUUCCCAUUUUAACGUGUGUGCUGUUUACAAGCAUAUUAGCUGUUUCGAGGAGCCUCAGUCCAUAAGUACACUUACGUGUACUUCAUGUUUAGCGACCUACAAAGUUGCUAGUUUUACACUUUUUUUUUCAAAUUUGCAUGUCAUGACAAAUAUACAAGGCUUUUAUAAAUAUCUAAAUCAGAAUAAGCCAUGAAAUAUGACAGAACUUCUACACAAUUGUGGACAUAAGAGCUAAAAAGUGCUGUCCACGUAUGUGACCACUAAGCCCUAGGAGGUUAAAGCUACAGCAAAAUCCCUCUGCCCCUUGACAAAAUGUGUAGAAUUGUAGGAAAUUACCUUGAACUGCACAAUUUUCUCUUCGAUGCCAAGAGGCGGGCUUUUAAAAUGAUUCUUCCCAGGGCCCGAGACUUGGUUCGUUCGGCCAUGCACUGCCAAAGUCAUAGUAAAACUCUUUGUAUAUAUAUUUUUUUUUUUUCUCACACAGGUUUUGUUCUGAUUAUGAGGGGAUCCCUGAUGAAUUUGCUAUCACAAAAGGGGUCCCCAGCCCCAAAACGUUUGAGAACCCCUAAGUUAAUAGACAAUAACAAAUUGAGUUUCAAACCUCUGCCAAUAACAGCUAGUUUUCAGGUUACAUAUCCCUCCCAUUAGGCUGGUCCAAUCAGGCCCCUCAGGUUACAUAUUCCACCCAUUAGGCUGGUCCAAUUAGGCCCCUCACAGACCACUCCCAGACAGUCCUAGCAAAAUGCUUGCUGGAGAAAUGUUUGUUUCUUUUUGACAAUUUUUGAUUAAAAAAAUAUUAUUUAUAUAUAUAUAUAUAUAUAUAUAUAUAUAUAUAUAUAUAUAUAUAUAAAAAAUUUUUAUCAAAAAAUUGUCAAAAAGAAACAAACAUCUCACUUCUCUCUCUCACUUCUCUCUCUAUAUAUAGCAGUAAAGUACUUAAUUGUUACCCAGAAAUGAUUUGAUAUUGAUACACUGAACAAAAAUAUAAAUGCAACAUGCAACAAUUUCAAAGGUUUUACUGAGUUACAGUUCAUAUAAGGAAAUCAGUCAAUUGAAAUAAAUAAAUUAGGGCCUAAUCUAUGGAUUUCACUUGACUGGGAAUUCAGCUAUGCAUCUGUUGGUCACAGAUACCUUAGGAAAAAAAAGGUAGGGGCGUGGAUCAGAAAACCAGUCAGUAUCUGGUGUGACCACCAUUUGCCUCAUGCAGCGCAACACUUCUUCUUCACAUAGAGUUUAUCAGACUGUUGAUUGUGGCCUGUGGAAUGUUGUCCCACUCCUCUUCAAUGGCUGUGCGAAGUUGCUGGAUAUUGGCGGGAACUGGAACACGCUGUCGUACAGGUCGAUCCAGAGCAUCCCAAACAUGCUCAAUGGGUGACAUGUCUGGUGAGUAUGCAGGCCAUGGAAGAACUAGGACAUUUUCAGCUUCCAGCUUAGAUCGUGUACAAUCAUGUACAGAUCCUUGCGAUAUGGGGCUGUGCAUUAUCAUGCUGAAACAUGAGGUGAUGGAGGCGGAUGAAUGGCACGACAAUGGUCCUCAGGAUCUCGUCACGGUAUCUCUGUGCAUUCAACUUGCAAUUGAUAAAAUGCAAUUGUGUUUGUUGUCCGUAGCUUAUGCCUGCCCAUACCAUAACCCCACAGCCACAAUGGGGCACUCAGUUCACAACGUUGACAUCAGCAAACCACUCGCUCACACGACGCCAUUCACACCGUCUGCUCUCUGCCAGGUACAGUUGAAACCGGUAUUCAUCCUUGAAGAGCACACUUCUCCAGCGUGCCAGUGGCCAUCGAAGGUCAGCAUUUGCCCACUGAAGUCGGUUACGACGCCGAACUGCAGUCAAAUCAAGUCCGUGGUGAGGACGACGAUCACGCAGUUGAGCUUCCCUGAGAUGGUUUCUGACAGUUUGUGCAGAAAUUCUUCGGUUGUGCAAACCCACAGUUUCAUCAGCAGUUAUCUGGGUGGCUGGUGAAGAAGCCGGAUGUGGAGGUCCUGGGCUGGCAUGGUUACAUGUGGUCUGUGGCUGUGAGGCCGGUUGGACGUACUGCCAAAUUCUCUAAUACAACGUUGGAGGCGGUUUAUGGAAGAUAAAUAAAUGAACAUUACAUUCUCUGGCCACAGCUCUGGUGGACAUUCCUGAAGUCAGCAUGCCGAUUGCACGCUCCCUCAAAACUUGAGACAUCUGUGGCAUUGUGUUGUUUGACAAAACUGCACAUUUUAGAGUGGCCUUUAUUGUCCCCAGCACAAGGUGCACCUGUGUAAUGUCAUGUUGUUUAAUCAGCUUCUUGAUAUUCCACACCUGUCAGGUGGAUGGGUUAUCUUGGCAAAGGAGAAAUGCUCUCUAAAAUGUGGGAUAUAAACACAUUUGUGCACAGCAUUUGAGAGAAAUAAGCAUUUUGUGCAUAUGGAAAAUUGCUGGGGUCUUUUAUUUCAGCUUAUGAAAAAUGGGACCAACACCUUACAUGUUGCAUUUAUAUUUUUCUUCAGUAUAUAAAAGUGGCUGCAUUGGGCCUUUUAAGUUUAGUGUGAACCCCAAGCAACCGACAGCAUGUAUUGAAUUGCAUGCAGUUCAGCUUUCCAUAGAGUUGGUGGUAUAUUUUGCAACAUCAUAGUUUCCCUAUUGAAAAUAUGUGGCAACCAUAGCACACUAUAAAAGCGUACUAUUUUCUAUACUAGCUGGAAAACCCAUUUUGGAAACAAAUAAGGAUCCCUUAACCCAAAGUAUGUUAGUCCUCCCCUCUAUAUCAUGACUGGCUCGCUGUCCAGCCAGGGUUUUUGUAUAUGCUGGUUUUAUGUUUUCCUCCUCGGGCUCUUCAGUAAACAUAUUGCGUAAGGUCAACACGAGGCUGGAGCGGCGAGGUUUACUCUACCUCCCUACGAACAGGGAGGAUGCUUAUUGAGACAAACAGCAGCUGUAUUUGGGUCCACCUUUCUCUGAAGAGGAGUGUGUGUGUGUGUGUGUGUGUGUGUCCCUCCCCCGCUUCUGUGUUUUAACUCUGUCUGAUUUAUAUGGCUCCAGUGAGUCACCUACGAAGGUCUCUGAUUGGACAAGGCUGUUGUUCAGCUGUCUGCCACCUCCCCUUCACCCCCCUCACACACACAAACCUUAUAUAUCACGGAUGCGAUUACCUCUUCCAUUUCUUUAUCAUCUUUGAAAAUAUUAGAUCUCUGACAUUUCAAAACAUCCAGUUUCAGUUGAAGUCCUUGCUGACAGAGAAAUGUUAUGUGGAGGAACUCAGGAUGUGAUUAGUUGGAGAGAGAGGGAGAGAGAGAGAGAGAGAGAGAGAGAGAGAGAAGAGAGAGAGAGAGAGAAGAUAGAUGAGAUUGGAGAGAGAGAGAGAGAGGAGAUAGAGAAGGAUAGAGAGAGAGAGGAGAGAGAGAGAGAGAGAGAGAGCGAGAGAGAGAGAGAUAACACCCAGGGCUGUGUGUGCAGGCCCAGAGGGCUGAUGGUGUGAUUGAAACCAGGGUCUGCUCUUGGAAGGUCACAUGUUCUCAUUCUAAAAGAGAGUCACCGGCACGCGCACACACAUUACCACUCCUCCCCUCUCCUGGCUCUGUCCCUUUGUUAACCUCAGGCUCUGCUCCUCCAGAUAGCACAGCCUCUAACAGCUAAACCAAUCAAGGCUCUGUCCACUAUCACUUCAGCCAAUCAGGGCUGUGUUCACUGUAAAGUGGCCAUGUCAAUCUCUGCCCACUGUUGAGUAGCACCUCAGGGCUAAGUGUUGGACUAGGUGACAGUGACAGAAGAGCAGUGUGUGAAUACUGAUGUUAUACAAUGGAACAGAUAUGGACUGCGUUGUACAGAGCACCGUGCAGUGGUGUCACACGUAGGCAGUACUCAGACAGCCACAUACUGUACACACACAUUCAUACAGAGACACACAUUAAUACAGAGACAAACAUUCACAUCUCUCUCACUAAUACACCACCCUGCAAAAGUCCAAGGAAUGUUAUGUUUGAACCUCUGGAAAUAUUUAAAGAUUCUAAACCCUCUUUGUCAGUAUCUUGUGGUGUGUCAGGUUUCAGUCCUCUGUCUCUCUGUGUGUGAUUAAACUGCCUCCUGUGUGGUUCUCUGUAGUGAACCACAUCAAGUUCUCAUCCCCUCCCUCUCUCCAUCCCUGUCGCUCCCUCCUCUCUCUCUCCCUCCUCUCUUUUUCUCCCUCUCUCUCUCUCUCUCUCUCUCUCUCUCUCUCUCUCUCUCUCUCUCUCUCUCUCUCUCUCUCUCUCUCUCUCUCUCUCUCUCUCUGUCUCCAGUGAACCAUGGGAAGUUUCCUAAGCAGGAGGACUCGUAUGCGUUCGAGGAGGACAGCAGCAGUGACAGUCUGUCUCCAGAGCAACACCACAGUGACGAGUCCCAGGGGUCCGCAUGCCCCUCCUCUGAGGCCAUGGGCAGCACCCCCUCCUCCUCCUCAUCACCAGCCCUCACUAGCCCUAUACAGGUAAUACUCCUCCUCCUCCUUCUUACCUCUCUCCUUACCAGCCCCAAAUAGGCCCAUCAUCCUCUCAUUUCCCCUCCAUCACCUACUCCCUCUUCUUCCUGCCCAUCUCCUCAUUGUCCUCCUCCCUCUUGAUAAUGUAUCAUAACAUAAAUUAUCCACACACUAUGAACAAUAGGUGCACCAAAGUCUCCCCUAUGCCUUCACAAACAUAUCCCAGUCAGUUAUGUGGUAUUGAGUCAUUUCAAGCAGGGAGCUAGGUUAAGUCCGCCAUCUUGUGAUGGCUGGGAGAACUACAGCGUCCUCCCCUGGGUUCUCUAGUGACCGUUGGAACGUGUGACUGCUCUUUGGCACGUGUCACAUUCCUCCAUGCCAGUCUGUCUCACACAGACACAGUAUGCUGAACGCUACUGCUUCCUGUGUUUUAUCAUCUCAGUGACUUCCUGCAUUCUGCACCACUCUCCCCUCACUGUGUGGACAGAAAUGAUGACAUCAUUCCAAACGGUCACUGGAAGCUUCUGCCAUAAACCGUUUUCUAUUUUAAGUGUUUACCAAAAGUCAGCUUGGAUUUAGUACCUAAUUCCUAUUUUCAAAUAUAAACUUUUUUUUAAAUAAAUCAAUUAAUUUAGGUUUUCUUUGAAUUCAUGUUGUUGUUUUAUGGUUAGCCAACCAGUGAAUGUAGUUGACAUUUCCUGCAUUCAUAUUUUUCUACUGACUCCCAGUCUGCCUUUGUGUUCCAGGGGUGUCAGAACAGGGACCCGUCUGAUCAGAGCAAGGAAGAUGGCUUGUCUGCGGCUAACAAUGGGCUGUCUGCAACCCCACCCAUACCUGUCCCUGCCAUAGUCAAGGUAGGAACAAACACUUUAGCCAAGAAGAUGCAUCCCAUAAGAGAACAUCAGCUUGUAUUGCAUAUAUUGUAUGUUCUCACUAUUUCUCCCAUUGAUUCUACAGUCCAAGACAUCGGACAAGAACCGCCACAAGAAGCCCAAAGACGUGAAGCCCAAGGUGAAGAAGCUGAAGUACCACCAGUACAUCCCUCCAGACCAGAAGGCUGAGAAGUCCCCCCCUCCCAUGGACUCAGCCUACGCCAGGCUCCUGCAGCAACAACAGCUCUUCCUACAGCUGCAGAUCCUCAGCCAGCAGAAACACGCACACACACACUCACACACCCAGCAUACACACUCCCAACACACACAGGCCCAUGCACAUCAACGGCAGCCUAGUUUCAGCUACCAGCCCUUGCACCAGCCAGUCCAAGCCCAGAAGUGAGUACCCCAUGUCUCCGAUCUGGCCUUCAAUGUACAAAAUGUUGAGAAAUGUUCCUUAAUAUUGUCUUUUGUGGUCUUUAUCUCACAAAAAUCGAAUGUUUUCCAAUCGUUAGACAAUGCAGUGAGCAGCUGACGGUGGGUAGCUCCAGUGUUACUACUAACACGAUCAACAGUAGCUCCUCGUCUCGAGUUAAGACCACAUACUCUGGUCAAACCAGCAUCUCACCAGUCAAACCUGGUCCUCUGCCAGCUAACCUGGAUGACCUGAAGGUAGGUACUCUCCGUCCGUAAAGUGAGGGAUAUAUUCCUUAGUACGGGCUGUAAACAGAACUCACAUACUGUAAGUAUAAGAUUUAAAAAAUGCAAGCAUCUAAUGGCUUUCCUCUACCCCUCUAUCCCUCGCUAUCUCUCUCUCUCUCUCCCUCCAUCUUACAGGUGUCAGAGCUCAGGCAGCAGCUUCGUAUCCGGGGCAUGCCCGUCUCAGGCACCAAGACGGCCCUCAUCGAGAGACUCCGCCCCUUUAAGGACCCCACCUCAAGCCCCUCCCAUUCUGGCUCCAAUGACGUCACCACGGUCACCUUCCCUGUCACCCCCACAGGGUCCCUGUCCUCCUACCAGUCCCCCUCCUCCUCCAGUGCCCUCUCCCAAGGGGGGUAUUACCCCUACCCCAGCACCUCCUCCACCCCACCCAUCUCCCCCGCUUCCUCAGACAUCUCCCGUAGUGGCUCGCUCCCAGACAGCUUCAGCGACGUGCCCAUGUCCUCCCCUCCACAGUUUGGCCUCCAGCCGUCCCCAGCCCAGCUCAGCGCUGAAGAAGGCCUGGGGGGAGGAGGUCUGAGUGGGACAGGACUACGGGGAGGGGAAAGUGGAGGGAUGGAGGGUCUGGAGGAAGAGAAGGAUAAGAUGUUGGUGGAGAAACAAAAAGUGAUCGAGGAGCUGACGUGGAAGCUGCACCAGGAACAGAGACAGGUGGGUAACCGCACUGUUCAAUUCAAUAAAAUGUUAUUGUCCUUAAAGGGCCAUUCAAGACUAAGCUUACGUACUGUUAACACCCUGUUUCGCAAUAGGUGGAGGAGCUCAAGAUGCAGCUGCACAAGAGGAAGCGUUGCCAUGGCGCCACACAUGAGGGCAUCCUGGAUCCAUCCCAGCCCCACCACCUGCACCUCCAGCAAUCCCCCUCGCUGAUGGGGCAGCACUUCUUUGGGGUGACUGUCAAACAGGAGCCCAUGUCCCUCUCCUCCAGCUGCCCCCUCUCCUCCCCCAAGCACCUGAAGAGUCCUCCAGGAAGCUGCAUGGAGGGGAUGGGCCACUGCGGUGCCUCCCUGCCCAAUAUGGGGGGCCCUGGUGGGCAACGAUGCCUGGACUCAGUCCCCUCCUCUGGAAGUCCCUCAGGCAUGUCUGCCUUCCUCAGCCCCCAGUGCUCUCCUCAAGACUCGCCCAUCGCCAAGACCUCCAGUAGCUCCCAGCCUUCCUCUCCCAACAACCCCUACCUGCUAUCACUGCCGCUGGGCAGAGACGGGUGUAGCCAUCCCCUCAACCAGGCCAGCACCAGGCCCCGAAACAUGCAGGUAGGCCUAAGGCAGAACGUUACAAGACAUAAUGGUCUACAGUGCCUUGCAAAAGUAUUCAUCCCCCUUGCCGUUUUUCCUAUUUUGUUGCAUUACAACCUGACAUUUAAAUUGAUUUUUAUUUGGAUUUCAUGUAAUGGACAUACACAAAAUAGUCAAAAUUGGUGAAGUGAAAUGAAAAUAAUAACUUGUUUCAAAAAAUUCCAAAAAAUAAAUUACGGAAAAGUGUUGCGUGCAUAUGUAUUCACCCCCUUUGCUAUGAAGCCCCUAAAUAAGAUCUGGUGCAACCAAUUACCUUCAGAAGUCACAUAAUUAGUUAAAUAAAGUCCACUUGUGUGCAAUCACAUGAUCUGUCACAUGAUCUCAGUAUAUAUACACCUGUUCUGAAAGGCCCCAGAGUCUGCAACACCACUAAACAAGGGGCACCACCAAGCAAGCGGCACCAUGAAGACCAAGGAGCUCUCCAAACAGGUCAGGGACAAAGUUGUGGAGAAGUACAGAUCAGGGUUGGUUUAUAAAAAAAUAUCAGAAACUUUGAACAUCCCACGGAGCACCAUUAAAUCCAUUAUAAAAAAAUGGAAAGAAUAUGGCACCACAACAAACCUGCCAAGAGAGGGCCGCCCACCAAAACUCACGGACCAGGCAAGGAGGGCAUUAAUCAGAGAGGCAACAAAGAGACAAAAGAUAACCCUGAAGGAGCUGCAAAGCUCCACAGGGAGAUUGGAGUAUCUGCCCAUAGGACCGCUUUAAGCCCUACACGGAAGAGUGGCCAGAAAAAAGCAAUUUCUUAAAUAAAAAAAUAAGCAAACACGUUUGGCAUGUGGGAAACUCCCCAAACAUAUGGAAGAAGGUAUUCUGGUCAGAUGAGACUAAAAUUGAGUUUUUGGGCCAUCAAGGAAAACGCUAUGUCUGGCGCAAACCCAACAUCUCUCAUCACCCUGAGAACACCAUCCCCACAGUGAAGCAUGGUGGUGGCAGCAUCAUGCUGUGAGGAUGUUUUUCAUCGACAGGGACUGGGAAACUGGUCAGAAUUGAAGGAAUGAUGGAUGGCACUAAAUACAGGGAAAUUCUUGAGGGAAACCUGUUUCAGUCUUCCAGAGAUUUCAGACUGGGAUGGAGGUUCACCUUCCAGCAGGACAAUGACCCUAAGCAUACUGCUAAAGCAACACUUGAGUGGUUUAAGGGGAAACAUUUAAAUGUCUUGGAAUGGCCUAGUAAAAGCCCAGACCUCAAUCCAAUUGAGAAUCUGUGGUAUGACUUAAAGAUUGCUGUACACCAGCGGAACCCAUCCAACUUGAAGGAGCUGGAGCAGUUUUGCCUUGAAGAAUGGGCAAAAAAUCCCAGUGGCUAGAUGUGCCAAGCUUAUAGAGACAUACCCCAAGAGACUUGCAGCUGUAAUUGCUGCAAAAGGUGGCUCUACAAAGUAUUGGGGAAAAAAAUUGUGGGGGGGGGGGGGGGGGGGGGUGAAUAGUUAUGCACGCUCAAGUUUUCUGUUUUUUUGUCUUAUUUCUUGUUUGUCUCACAAUAAAAAAAUAUUUUGCAUCUUUAAAGUGGUAGGCAUGUUGUGUAAAUCAGAUGAUGCAAACCCCCCAAAAAAUCCAUUUUAAUUCCAGGUUGUAAGGCAACAAAAUAGGAAAAAUGCCAAGGGGGGUGAAUACUUUCGCAAGCCACUGUACAUGUACUUUAUAUGUUGGGUCUAAAAUGUUCUUUAUAUUGUGUCUGUUGUGACUCUAUUCACACGAUUAUUGAUUGAUAGCUCGGUGGUCAUGAUAAUUAUGUAUUCCCUCCUAACAGAUUCAGCAGAAGAAUGGUGGACAGGCUGUGAACUGCGCCUAUCCCUCUGACCAGAGAGGCCUUCAGUCAGCGUUCCCCAACUCGGCCGACAACUGCCUGAACCACAGGGUCAACACUAAGGGCAAGAACCGAAACAUGCAGCAGAAGGCAAGAGCUAUUAUUCUGUCUAAACUGAAGCGGUUUAACAUAGUUAUGUGUCACAUGACUGGGUAUCCACCAUCACAUUCACUUAACCAUUUUUCUGCUUUCCAUUCAUUUGUUGCUUCUCUCUAAAACUUCCAUCAUGAGGUUCAUGGUACUAAUCUUCACAACUCCAUCCUUUGAGAAAAACUUAGCAGUUCUAAUUCAAGCAGAUCUCUCCAAUGAGCUAGCUAGCUCAUUUCACAAGAACUCUACAGGCCAAACUUUUUUUUAAAGCAUCUUGUUUUUAUCAGGAUGCAUAGAGGUUUUCUUACAUAUAAGUUACCACACUACACUAAAAUUCCAGCUCCAUUUUCAAAUCAGUAAUACAAUUUUUUUCGCCUAUUUUUUCAUAUAGAUGGCUAUAUUGCCCUCUCCCCGGCACGUUGGCCAAAAGUGCCCGGUCUCGUCCCCGGCCUUCUGUAGCUCAGAUUCAACUGCAUUCGACUCUAGACAGCCCCCUUGCUAUGAGGAUGCAGUCAAGCAGGUAAACUAAAUUAUACACCAAACUCUGCUCCUGAUCAUGGCCGGCCAACGCUUUUUGUUUCGUUGUUGUAACCUCUGUGGUGUCGCUUCGAUUCCCACUUUCCCUCUAUUUUCCUUCCUUCCUUCCUUCCUUCCUUCCUUCUCUCUCUCUCUCUCUCUCUCUCUCUCUCUCUCUCUCUCUCUCUCUCUCUCUCUCUCUCUCUCUCUCUCUCUCUCUCUCACCUGCUUUGCACCUCUUUGUUCAUCCAUCCAUUGCUUUAUCCAUCCCACACUUUGCACCCUUGACCAAGUUUGACUGGGUUUCUUCAGAGCUGACUGCUUUGUGGUUGUGUUAUGUAGAAUUGUGGUUGCCCCAAGUGCCUUGUAGAACAUUGUAUAAUAUUGGACAGCAAAUAUAUCAAUAUCAUAAUGUUAAAAUCAUGAAACAUUAUCAUUGAUAGUAUUAAAAAUCCCCAACAUGGUGCUGAAACUGGGGAUAUUUUUUUCAGAUGUUAUUUUUUGUUUUUUUUUGUAAAGUAUUGAUAAAGCAUGACUGUAUUGGAACAAGUCUGUUAAUCACAUUCUUAUAAUUUUUUUAGCAACUGACCAGGAGUCAGCAGAUGGAUGAGCUUUUGGAUGUGCUCAUUGAGAGUGGAGGUGAGUGAACUGACUCUGAAUCAGUCUCGAUGUGUGCGAUGUAUAUACAGUGGGGAGAACAAGUAUUUGAUACACUGCCGAUUUUGCAGGUUUUCCUACUUACAAAGCAUGUAGAGGUCUGUAAUUUUUUAUCAUAGGUACACUUCAAUUGUGAGAGACAGAUUCUAAAACAAAAAUCCAGAAAAUCUCAUUGUAUGAUUUUUAAGUAAUUAAUUUGCAUUUUAUUGCAUGACAUAAGUAUUUGAUCACCUACCAACAAGUAAGAAUUCCGGCUCUCACAGACCUGUUAGUUUUUCUUUAAGAAGCACUCCUGUUCUCCACUCAUUACCGGUAUUAACUGCACCUGUUUGAACUCGUUACCUGUAUAAAAGACACCUGUCCACACACUCAAUCAAACAGACUCCAACCUCUCCACAAUGGCCAAGACCAGAGAGCUGUGUAAGGACAUCAGGGAUAAAAUUGUAGACCUGCACAAGGCUGGGAUGGGCUACAGGACAAUAGGCAAGCAGCUUGGUGAGAAGGCAACAACUGUUGGCGCAAUUAUUAGAAAAUGGAAGAAGUUCAAGAUGACGGUCAAUCACCCUCGGUCUGGGGCUCCAUGCAAGAUCUCACCUCGUGGGUCAUCAAUGAUCAUGAGGAAGGUGAGGGAUCAGCCCAGAACUACACGGCAGGACCUGGUCAAUGACCUGAAGAGAGCUGGGACCACAGUCUCAAAGAAAACCAUUAGUAACACACUACGCCGUCAUGGAUUAAAAUCCUGCAGCGCACACAAGGUCCCCCUGCUCAAGCCAGCGCAUGUCCAGGCCCGUCUGAAGUUUGCCAAUGACCAUCUGGAUGAUCCAGAGGAGGAAUGGGAGAAGGUCAUGUGGUCUGAUGAGACAAAAAUAGAGCUUUUUGGUUUAAACUCCACUCGCCGUGUUUGGAGGAAGAAGAAGGAUGAGUACAACCCCAAGAACACCAUCCCAACCAUGAAGCAUGGAGGUGGAAACAUCAUUCUUUGGGGAUGCUUUUCUGCAAAGGGGACAGGACGACUGCACCGUAUUGAGGGGAGGAUGGAUGGGGCCAUGUAUCGCGAGAUCUUGGCCAACAACCUCCUUAUCUCAGUAAGAGCAUUGAAGAUGGGUCGUGGCUGGGUCUUCCAGCAUGACAACGACCCCAAAACACACAGCCAGGGCAACUAAGGAGUGGCUCCGUAAGAAGUAUCUCAAGGUCCAUAAGUGGGGGGGUUACAUCUACCCUUUUUCUUUCUACCUGUCCCUGUUCUGUAUGUCGUGUUUUGUAAUAUUUGUUUUGUGUCCAGAACUCUGGGUCUUGUUGUUCAUGUCUGUUCUCUUAUGUUUAGAUAAGAACUGUACACAUGUCUUUCAUACCUAUACACCAUUGUUGUGUGUGUUCAAUAAAAAAUAUUUGAACAGAAGUAUCUCAAGGUCCUGGAGUGGCCUAGCCAGUCUCCAGACCUGAACCCAAUAGAACAUCUUUGGAGGGAGCUGAAAGUCCGUAUUGCCCAGCGACAGCCCCGAAACCUGAAGGAUCUGGAGAAGGUCUGUAUGGAGAAGUGGGCCAAAAUCCCUGCUGCAGUGUGUGCAAACCUGGUCAAGACCUACAGGAAACGUAUGAUCUCUGUAAUUGCAAACAAAGGUUUCUGUACCAAAUAUUAAGUUCUGCUUUUCUGAUGUAUCAAAUACUUAUGUCAUGCAAUAAAAUGUAAAUGAAUUACUUAAAAAUCAUACAAUGUGAUUUUCUGGAUGUUUGUUAUAGAUUCCGUCUCUCACAUUUGAAGUGUACCUAUGAUAAAAAUUACAGACCUCUACAUGCUUUGUAAGUAGGAAAACCUGCAAAAUUGGCAGUGUAUCAAAUACUUGUUCUCCCCACUGUAAUGUAUUGUCUUAGAAAUUGGAAGGUGAUAUAGUUGUCAGUGCAUGUUGUUUCCAUGGUUAUGAAUGAGUAAUGGAUUUGUAACUGCAAGCAAUUUAGCUUCAAUCCCCUGCAUAAGGUACUAGUCAGUUUGCCUGCCUACAUACCAUCCAUCACCGCUUAGUUAAGUAACUCCAGAUUUCCCUCUUACAUGGGUAUUAAAUCACACUCUGUGCUGUGACUCCCCCUCCCCCCAUCCUCUUCUCUUCAAGAGAUGCCAGCUAACGCCAGAGAAGCGAGGGAGAGGUCCUCUGUAACCAAAGUUGUGCCUCACAUUACAGUGUCCCCCGGAACCACCGGCCUAGCUGUCCCAAAGUUCAACCAAAGACACUACGAACACCUGCCCCCCUCCCAGCUCAACUAUGACCACACAGCCAAUCACAUUGCAGACAGCCACCUGGAGACCCUGCUGGGAAGCCCUUUAGGCCGAGGGGGCGAGGUCGCCCUUCUCAAGAUGGCUGCCGAGGAAGCAGGGGAGGGGGAGGAGGGGGGUGAUGGACCAGAGACCUACCCCAGCCCCAAUCACCACCACCACCCUCACCAACACCCCCACCAGGAUAAACUGCUCCCCAACAGGGACCUGAUGGAAACGCCAACGCCUCUAUCUGCCAUCCACCCCAUCAACGCCAAAGUGUCGUCCGUGGCUGAGGCGCAGGGGAUGGUCGGCAUGACGUUCAGCGAGUCGCCGUGGGAGACGAUGGAAUGGCUGGACCUGACACCCCCGAGCUCGGCUACGGGGUUCAACUCCGUCCCGCCCGCCGGGCCAAGCAUCUUCAACACAGAGUUCCUGGAUGUUACAGACAUCAACCUGAAUACAGCCAUGGACCUUCAUCUAGAGCACUGG